UCUUCUAUUAUAACAGAGAGGAAUGGGACAGACAGAGAUAGAGGUGGGCAGAGGUGUGACUGAGUGGACACACACAGGCAGCUGGGCUUUUGCCAUUUCUUAUUUUUAUUCAGGGAUUUCACAAUCAGAGAGGCUGAAGUAGUGUAGAGGGAGUUUUUGGUGUCUAAAGGUUUAGUUAGUGCUUCAAAUUUCUAAGGAGUUGUUCUCUUUUAUUCUGAGCAGUUUUAUUUGGAGUCCUGGGUGGAGUUUGCUUUGCCUCGUAAGGAUUUUUCUGCACAUUUAGUAUGUUACAUGCGUCCAAGUUUGCCUAAAUUCAACCAUAGAUGAUGUUUGUGUUGAUUUGUACAUGUUUGAGAGAUUACUGACUUUGUCUCCUUCAUUUCAGCGGCUCAGUCCCUGUGGAGCUCGGAUUACAAUGCAAAGGAUCCUGGAGGUUUGGGUCACCUUGGUGGCAGUUUCAGCCCUGACGGAGGGGGUGUUCGGGGGUUACGGGCUCAGCAUGUUCGCGGCUCAGUCCUCCCCUCCGGACCCGUGUUACGACGAGAACGGCAACCCGCGCAGAUGCAUCCCGGACUUCGUGAACUCCGCUUUUGGCAAGGACGUGCGCGUGUCCAGCACCUGUGGCACCCCCACCGCCAGGUACUGCGUGGUGACCGAGAAGGGAGAGGAAAGGACCCGGGACUGUCACACGUGCGACGCCGGGGAUCCUAAGAAGUCUCAUCCUCCUGCGUAUUUAACGGACCUGAACAACCCGCACAACCUGACUUGCUGGCACUCGGAGAACUACCUGCAGCACCCGCAGAACGUCACGCUCACCUUGUCGCUCGGGAAAAAGUUUGAGGUGACCUACGUGAGCCUGCAGUUCUGCUCACCCAGACCUGAAUCCAUGGCGAUCUACAAGUCAAUGGACUAUGGCAAGUCGUGGGUGCCGUUUCAGUUUUACUCCACGCAGUGUAAGAAAAUGUACAACCGACAGAACAAAGCUGUGAUCACCAAACAGAACGAGCAGGAGGCGAUCUGCACGGACUCCCACACCGACAUGCACCCUCUGACCGGCGGCCUCAUCGCCUUCAGCACCCUGGACGGGAGACCCUCCGCGCACGACUUCGACAACUCCCCGGUGCUGCAGGACUGGGUCACAGCCACAGAUAUCAAGGUGAUCUUCAGCCGGCUGCACACCUUCGGGGACGAGAACGAGGACGACUCCGAGCUGGCGCGAGACUCCUACUUUUACGCCGUGUCGGACCUGCAGGUCGGGGGUCGGUGCAAGUGUAACGGGCACGCGUCGAAGUGCGUCAAAGAUCGAGAGGGGAACCUGGUGUGCGAGUGCAAACACAACACGGCGGGGCCGGAGUGCGACAGGUGCAAACCUUUCCACUAUGACCGACCGUGGCAGCGCGCCACGGCACGAGAGGCCAACGAGUGUGUCGGUAAGACCCCCCUCCAUUAUGUCCUACACUAUAAAAAUAAUCAAGCUUUUAAAUACUGCCUUUCGCAAUAAUUUUGAAUCAUUUACGCUGAAUGUUCUGGUUAAAAAGAUCAUUUCGAUGACUUCUUUAUUGGGUUAAAAAGACGAUAAAUGGUGGAGUGUUACUUUGCUGUUUUUAUCAUUAUUUUUCUGUCUGGUAGUUAUAAACACACACUUCUUGUCUCUCUGGAAAAGAGUUUGCAAGCUCAAAAUUGAGUCACAAAGGUGCUGUUGGUGUGGAAAAGGAAAGUCAACAAGAACAGAAAAAAACAAGGAAAUCCUCUGUGGAAAAAUGUGCGAACAGACGAUUUUAAGUCGAGUAGUCUUUGGCGAAAAUGAGAAAAUUCUGAUUGACUUUGCUUGAAAGUAAUGUUUGACAACAAAGAUAUGACCCUAAAAGGUGUGUUGUUUCUUUGGUAAUGCUUUACGCAUUGAGAGGGAGAAUGGCAGGCCUCAAACCGAACUUCUCAAACAGAGACAGAAAACCUGAAAUUAUUUAAACAAAUUAUAUAAAAAAUAAAGUAUUUGAAACUUGGAAAAAAGGGUUUUAAUCUUUAUCAAAUCUAUCAGCUAUUGAAAAUCAGCCUGUUUUCUUGCUGAUAUUUUUUACACUGUUUCACGUGUCCUCAAGUUUAAUAUAAAAUCACAGCGCCCACAGCACGGAAAAAGCAAGAUUAUUUACUAAAAAAAAUAGUCUCAUCCUAUGUGAUUAAAUUCAAGGCAGUUUUGGCCUGAAUUAGUGACAAAAGUUUGAACAAGAGGUUGAAUUUGUUGACUUUAUUUCUUGAGUUUAACCGGCACUUCUCUUUAGAUAUAAAUGCAUAAAUGAAUCUGUGCAGGCCUUUAAUGCUCAAACUAAGUGUACAGGAGACUGGGGUUGGAUGUGGAAAAAAUGUGCAACUUAUUACUUUUACUAAAGACACCAAAUUAGUUUCAGAAAUGGCCACAUCUCUGUAACACACAUAGUUGCCUUUAUCCAUGUCUGUGUUUCAAUUAUACACUUUCAGGCGGAUUAGAUAAAUAACAAAUAAUGUCUGCAGACACUGCAGGCAGUCUCACCAGUGUAACAAUAUAAUCACUCUCUAAAUAAGAUAAUAUCAAAUACAAUUAUUAGCUUAUUUGAUAUUCAUUCUUUUAUUAGUUAUAGUAUCAUAAGUUUAUUAUUGGUCCUGAUAUGAAAAUCCACUAUGUUGUGAAAUUACACCAUAACCUCAUGUUAUUUUUACAAUAUGAAUUAAUUAAAAUUCCAUCUAAAACAUAUUACUGGCUAAACAAAUAACCAUGUGAGAUCAUAAUGUGUAUGACAUUUUUGGUGUUAGUACUAUACAAAAUUGGAUUUUAUCCAAUACAUAAAACAAACAGAAAAAAAACAAACAAACAAAACAACAAAAACAACAACAGAUAUCAUCAUUUCAUGUCAAUCACUGGCCAAACUGCCUUUUAGUUAUCGAUACCGGCUGUUGAACUAUUUGUCGACAACUUAUGUAUUGUUAGAAAAUCAUAUAGGUGGUCAAAACCAUUUGAGGCAGUGUAGACUGUUGCACUGAUGUUUGAUGUUCCAACUUUCUCUUUAGUCUGAUUUGGCAAAAAAUAACAAAACAAACAAAAAAAAAGUCCUAUAAAAUUGUUAGAGAUGUCCUAGUUUUCAACGACAACUUAGCUUGCAUAUUACAACAAACUUUUUAAAGCUAUUAGCCCAGCUUAUGUUAAGUAAGUUGCACCCAGGCCCAGUUGACCUCCUGACAAAGAUUUUGCACUUGUUACGACACAGCUUUAGCUCGGUAGCUGGAACUAGGCUCAACUCAAAGCUAUUCAUGUUCACUUUUAAUAAGUGUUUGACUGCAAACUGGCUAAUCAUCCUGAAAGAUUUAAUAUAAAAAACAACAUGUAAAAUGACUUUGACCCUGUUUGGCUGUAAUAAGCAACAACACGGGACAAUCAACCUGUGAGACAACUGACCCCGGUCUCCCCUAUAGAAAUUCUCUGCUCUAAAACAUGACUUAAUGGAGUGUUUCUCCUUUCUAUCAGAGACGGUGUAUUCUCCUGAUUUUAUCCACUUGGAGCAGAAAGGAGAGGUCAUAGAGUCAUUCCAAUCAAAUAAAUGCGCUUGUCCAAAAUGCGUAAUUGCGUUUCCACCUUUUUGUUUCCGACUUUAGAAAAGGAAGGAAACGCUGCAGCUGCAGGGGCAGACUGCAGGGGCGUGUUGUGUUUCCAGAAGCAGGUGCUAUUACAGAUCGCAGGGCCGAUUAGGGCGGUUUUAUUGACAUUUUUGGCACGUAGAGUAUAAACUGCCACUUUAAAGUAUUCAGAGAGGGGGACAAAGCGCCAGAUCAGCUGAAGCCAGGUCUGAGGUUUUUAUUCUACUAGCAGCACCGAGGGAGUUUAUUCACUGUGGUGCUUAUUUUGAACUGAGCGUGGGGGGCUUAUUUUCACAGUUCAAGACCUCUGAGCUGCAGAGGAACAAACCUGGAAAAGUGACAAGUUCAGAGAGUGUCAUGGUCUGCUGAUCCACACAAAACAAGUGAACAAGUUUUCACUCCUGCCUCAUUUACACCCCUGAAAAGCCACCAUCCUCAUGUAUCUUCAGGUUGUCACUUGGUGCAUCGAUCUCACUGACCGACAGGCUCAUCUAUCUUCAUCCCAGAGUCAUCAGAUAAAACCGCAGACAGUUUUCCAAAAAGGAAAUAAUAAUCAGGGCUGGUCCGACACCUCAGCAUGAAAGAGAUGGAGCCAGAGGAGGGGCUGCUUUAACUGGAGCGGAGAGUCCAUAUGGUCUGGCAGUGGGGAUGCGGAGUGGAUGGUGCUAAUGAUCUGUCUGGAUUUCUCCUCCCUGCUGUCGGACAUCACAUUGGAUUACAUAGAGAGAGUGAGAGAGAGAGUGAGAGAGUGAGAGACAGAAAGGUGUGGUUCUGGGAGAGUUGUUGGUGUCACAUUGAGGAAGUAAGACAAAGCCAGUUUCCCAUGACUCUGUGUGCAGGGUUGCCAUCAUUUUUGUGAGCGGGCGUUUGUGUUGGCAGCAGCAGUUUUUACAUUCCUGUCGAGUGGAAAUGUUUUAAGUUUGUCCAUAAAAACAGGGCCGGACUGGAAGGGUGGCCAGGGGUGGCACUGGCCUCCAUCAGAGCCAGAAAGGGUUUCUAAAAAGAGGUCCAUGGAUGGAUUAGCACAUUUACCGUGACUUCUAAAUGUAAAUAAAACUAGAGUAAAAAGUUGCAAAACAACACAAACAAGACAGAAUAAAACAUGUAAAAAGAUAUGAAACAGCCACAAAGAUGCAAAAUUUGUCCAAGAAAGGCAAAACACAAGAUGAGAAACGAAAGGAAAAAUUAUUUGAGCUGUUAAAAAAAUUGAUUUUUUUUUUAUUUCCAGUAGAAACCAAUUCUUACCAGUGUCAGAUAAUUUUGCACUGAAACGCAGUUAUUUUCAUGAAUGUAACAGCACUUGCACUCUUUGGGAGUUCAGUUUGGUCGCCUUCUCUGUUUUACAGGUCCUAUUUGCAUGAAACUAUUAUACUUAUUAGUGUAAGACUCAUGACUGAUCUCAAAGUGCCAAUGGGAGGAUUUCUUUUAGACCUUUGUCUUUCAGGAUGUUGACGUAGUUGCAGUCAGUUACAACUAGUUUAGUAGCUACCGACUUGGAUUUAGCUUGAUCUACAACUAAUGAUCCACAUCCUCAAGGUGACAAGAUGAGACGCUCACCAGAAUAUAAAACUAUUUCAGAUAGACUGUACACUUAAUGACCCAAAUAACCAAAGAUCCUUUAGGAGAUCCAACUUAAGAUUCAAGUGGCUCCAACAAAAAAAGGAACAAUUUGGAGAAACCAAAUAAGAAGUAAAACACUGUGUGACCAACAACAACCUACAGAGAUACACAAUGAGAUUCAAAACAAGCUCUCAAACAGCCACUGAAGGAAAAAAUCAACGGGUGUCUUUGCCUCAUUUCUGUUCCCAGGGACUGUAAUGACUGCUGCUGAUAUUUCUGCACAUAACUUUCUGUUUUGCAUUAAUUUGUGAGACUUUUAAUAAUUCGGAGCCUUUGUUGACCAAGCGCUUCAAGAUGAGUAUGUAUAUAAAGUUACUUUCCUAAAACAUAAGCGAAAACCGUGGAACCGGCAACCUCUGCACUUUUUUUGAUACAUUAAUGCACGAUAAUGUUUGACCACGACCUGUAAUUUAUGUGAUGGUAUGAAUGAAGUUGGGAAACACACACACACACACACACACAUAGACAUAUGGUGACACUUGAGGCUCUCCUGUCUCAGGCAGCUGCUUCAUAUUCUCUGCGUGUUCGGCGUAGCACUGACCCCUGACAGUCAGGCCCCCGCUCCUCUCCGGCCUGACUGAUGGGCUGUGAAGGGAAGUGUGGGAAACUUCGGCUUGCCAAGUGGAUUUUGAAACAAGUUGAAAAUGGUAGCCUCAGUUACACGUAUAUGUAAUUUAGUACUUUUGUAAAUUUUGACUCUGUUGUUGCUGUCGCUUUGCCGUCCAGAGUUCUGCUUUGUAAUUUAGAUGCUCCAUCAGUCUUGAUUCCUUACAACCUGUUGUGUUUGCAGAGUAAAAUGUCGCCUCUGAAUGCCUGUCCUGUAAGCAAACUGAAUGUUUUGUAUAGUUUAUCAGUGAUUAGUUUGUUAUUCUCAGCUGUCAGUGUUUCGGCGGUAAUCACACCUGCACAGAUUGUUGUUGUGGAGAGAUCGGACAUGUCUGCCACCCACGGGUUAGCUGAAUUAGGAUAUGAUUGUAUCAAUUGGCCGCUGGCUCUGGUCCCAGUCUGUGCAGCUCAUGCUGGUGCUCUCUCUAAAAAUAGAGCACAGAAUAUGAUUGCUUUUUAAAGGAACCAGCUGGUUUCAGAUUAAUAUGGUGGAGAAGAUUUCACAGCACAAUUCAAAGAGGGGGUCUCUGUGUUAAUAAUACUGUACAUUUCUUGAAGGGUUUCCAUCCAGAUUUUUCAAAGUGUUCUCAAAUUGAGUCAAUGUUAAGACUAGUUUAUCAAGUUUUCAUUGGUCCUUUCACCUCUUGGAAAGAACCUUGGUAUGAAAAAUGGAUGCAGUCUCAGAAAUGUCUUUCCCUUCACUAUCAAAUUUAAGUAGGACUCCUUUAAAUGAUUUUCUUAUGUACCUACCUUUGCCUGUAUAUGAAUAAAAGUAAAAACCAUAUUUAUUUUUGCUUUAAAGUUGGACAUUUUAAUAUAGGAAUAUGCCUUGGUUUUUGUAGCCCACUUCAAGUGGACACUUGAGAAACUGCAGUUUUUUUGCAUUAGCUUCAUUUUUCAACAAUGGAUGUAGCUGCUUAUAUAAAUCAAAAGUUAACCAGAACUUCCUCGAAUAUAUUUUUACAACACCACUUACAUAUAUAACCUCACAUAUGCCUACAUAAGGAAAUGUCACAUAAUGUUGCCAACAUAAUUUACAUAGCAAAACAAAAAACAAAAUGUAACCUAUCGUAUCACAGUGUAUUGAACAUGAUGCAACAUUAUGUAAUGUAACGUAAAACUAUGUGGCAUUAUAAAAUGUCACCUAACUCAACAUGAUGUAAGCUAAGGUAAUGUAACUUGAUGUAACGUAACUCAAUGUUACGUUAACGCAGCUUAACGUAACUUUAUGAAAAGUAACAUAUCAUAAUGUAACACAACAUAACAUAAUGUAACUUAACAUAACUGAAACAGACAUAAUUCAACUUAACUUAAUGCUACGUAAUUUAUUGUAAGGCUAGCAGAUUUUUGACCACAUCUGAUUUUUCAACUUUUUUCCACAUGAAGUUUUUUCAAUUUUCCAAAACUUAAAAUUCUAACCUCACAUUUAAGCCUAGCACUAAUAAUUUCAAUAAUUUAUCUUUAAUUUUUUGCCAACAAUUGUUUUGCUGUUGUCAAAAACCUUUCACCUCUUCCUCUCUUUUGGCUAAAUAUUUCAACAAUAGCUAUUUUGUCUGUUGACCUAUUUUGAUCCAUUUAUCCAUAAAACUUAAAUCUUAUUUUUAUCAAACUAUUUCAACAUUUUUGAACAUUUUUUUUUUGGCUGCUUCACCAUUUGUAUUUGCGAGUGAUUUUAAGUGUUCAUCAGUUACUUUUAGCUGACUAUUACAUUAAUUUAUCCUGCGCCAAUUUUUUCAACUACUUUUCUAUUAAACCAUCUGGCCGCUAAGACUCAGAGGAAACACUGGCAUGUUUUGAAGAACCAAGCAACAUUCAUGGUCAGCUUUCCUCCUCUGGUUGAAUGAAGCUGUAAUGAUUUGAAUCAAAUGACACUUCACGGGAUGUAGGCUGUUAACGUCUCAGUGCUGGACCAGUUGUUGUCCAUGUGGCUGAUUGAGACCAUUGACACUCUCCGUGGGAUGCCAGAUUGGACCAGUCAGGGCCUGUUCACCAUCUGUGUCUCAUUUCAGCUCCACGGCAGCAACCCAUGUGGCCGUGGAGAGGAAUUUCUCUCAAGAAUGAUGUCAUAGAUACUCUGACUCGUCCUCCGGUAUGUGGGCUCCUCCACUCUCACUCUCUGUCUCACUCUCUCUCUCUUCCUCAUUGUCUGGUCAAUCACCUCCUGCCAACAUCAGGGGACAGUCAGCGAUUUCCAUUUCCUUUGUAAGCUGAGCCAUACUUGAGGUUUUUUAAUUCUCCUCCAGUUUACUCAGAAAUAGCUGGAGGAAAGACGAUUUCUGAGGAUGUUUUUGUUUUGUUGACUUCUGUGUGAUGAGUCUCAUAUUUGAUUUCCUUGACAUAUUGGUUAAAUACGGUGAUUAAAACAGGCUGCUUUUGCAAUGUGAUGCUCUAAACACUUAAGGCUUCAAUACAGUUACUUUGACCAUAAAGUAUCUCUGUUACCAAAACUCAGAAAGACAGAGUAAUACCGCUUUGACCUCUCACUUUAGCUUCAGCAAAGUCAAACUAGAGAGGAACCUGAGCACGAAAAAAACAAAAGAAUUUGGAAAAUAAACAUUUCUGAAAACAAUCAAAUGAAAAAACAAAACAAAAAAACAAUGUGAUUGCAGGCGUCUUGCUCUUGUUUAGUUUGUUUGUUUGUAUUCCCGGAGAUAGCAGGGAAAACAGCCCAGCGUCCACAACAACUCCAAACAACACAACAACCUUCAGAUGUGCUUUAGAGACAGUUUGAAUAAGAUCUGACUGAAAGAUAACCGCCAUUUAAAAGAGCUGAGAGGCUGUGUAAGAUCUGGCAAAAACUGGUGGUUUAAAAUCAUGUAGAAAAUAUUGACAACAUGUUUAAUGUCACUCAUGUCAAUUUAUGCUUAUUUUAAAUCUAAUGGCGGCAAUAUCUUUCAUAGAAGAUGAACAGGGGCAACAAAAUACUGCAAGAGUUUUGCAAUGCCAACUUUUUGACUCUGACAAAACUGUGUAACUCUGAAAAGAAAAAUACCACCAGUGAUUAGGUUAAUGAACAACAGGUCUGUAACAUGACCAUAUAUGCCAGAGGGGCUAAGUCUAUUAAGAGUUGGUAGAGAUGUAAGUAAAGAUGGGAAGAGGUUCAUUAAUGGGUUCAACAAUUUCAGAAUCAUGUUCCUCAGUUUAAAUUUGCAAAGAGGUCUGAGAUUUUAGCAUCUAAAGUACAAAUUUGAAAGAAAAUUUGAAGAAAUGUCAGUACAAAAGGGGCAAAGCUGAAACCAAUACUGACUUGCCAUCAUUACUGGGUCUCCAGGUGGUGCUUCAUUGAAAUCAGACAUGACCAUGUAAUGGAAAUCACUGCAAAACUCAAAACAGAGUCCACAAUCAUCCAACACUUAAUACACAAAACAACCUGUAACAUCUGCUAAAACUUCACCAUGCAAACAGGAUACCAUAUCUAAGUAUGCUCCAGAAACUGUCACAUAGUUAAAAAACUAAACUUUGAAAAUUAAAGCUUGACGUUCUUUUUGGAAAUCAUGGACACCAAACUUUCAACUUCAAGGAUAAGAGGGACCAUUUGACUUGUUAUCAGCCCACAGUUGAAUGGCCUUCAUGAUGGUAUGGGGAUGCAUGAGUGUUCCUGUCAUAGGUAGCUCUCACAUUUGUAAAGGCAUGGUUAAUGCUGAUUAGGUUUAUAUAGGUUUAUAUAUAGGUUUAUAGGUUUUGGAGCAACAUAUGAUGCCAGCCAGACAAUGUCCUGGCCCGACUUUUCCUGACACAAGUGGCAUCAGCCUGUAUAUUUUAGAAAACAUUUAAAGUUUCUGAGUUUAACAUUUGAAAUGCCUGCUCUAUUCUUAAUUAAAAAUAGCUCUAAGAUGUUUGGUGAACGUUUAAGUCUGUUUUAAUCAACAUUUUAGGCAGGGCAGAAUGGGGCUCUACGGCACAUUAAAUCUUACAGGUAACAGCAGUUUGAUGAAAUAGGCAAACUGGAAAAAAUGUAAUAAAAAAAGACAAGCAAUAUGAAGGGUUUAAGAAAAACAGGUGUGUUGCAGAUUAGAAGACAUUCAGGAACUUUUUGGCAUCAUAAAAAUUCAAUAACCAUGAAAAUCCCUCCAGGAGCAGAGAGUCGGUUAAACGGGUGGAAGAGUCCCAGUCAUCAGGAACGUGUUAGAACAUGCCUGAGUGGAACUCGGAGGUAUUGGAGAAGUGGAUUUGAACGGCUCGACCAAUGAGAUAGUACACAAGUAAUUACAAUUUUAAAGUCUUUGGAAGAACCCAGAAGAAAAUAAUAUCGAACUAAUUGGUUGUAUUUGCAAAUCACCACGUACAAAUAGACAGGAACCAUGAACAGAACAUUAGAAAGCUAAUUUGUAGAGCCUGUUGGCUGAUUUAUACUCUUUCAAAGCACAAGGUAAUAUUCUAUGUUUAAUUAAUGUUUCAGGAAUCAGCCUUCAUUCCCUUUGUCACUUUACAGGUCUGCAUUCUGCAAAUGCAAUUUUCUAAAGCUGUAAUAGGACUCUAUGAGGUUAAAAAGCUAUGAUAGGAGCUUUGUAUGAGGAAACUUGCAUUGUCAGAGAAGAGUCACAAGAGUCACAUUUUUGUGAUUCUUAAAGCAACUUUUGUUUUGGGCCCGAUCCUAAACCUCGUUCAACUCUUGUCACGAUUACAAAUAGAGAACAAUACUUCUGAAAUUGGCCUUUACUGAAAGUCGCCUCCGGUCUUUCUUGCAACAUAAGCCUAUGUGACUUUGGUAAGAGGCCUCUCUGUAUACAACCAAACCAUAAAACAAAGAGAUGCAUUUGGGGGAUCUCCAACAAAAUCCAUGCUCAGCUACAAUCCAGUGUCCUCUGGGUAAAGGCUGCAUGUUUGGAGGAUUUUGUUUUGUUGAGCUCAUAAUUCAAGACAGACAUGUCGGUUUGAGCCAGAAAGGUUUCACUCAGGCUUUUAAGGGCAAACUGACAAAUCUAGUUCUCUUGUUUUGUGGAUGGAGGUUUGGAAAGGUGAGGGAACGUUUUAAGAGGAGUGUGUUAACUGUGAUUUAAUGUACAGAUCAGUCAUGCAUGGGCUGUGGGAUAUCAUGGUGUGAAUGUCGGGCUGUAUGGAACAUAUGCAGAGAACAGUGUUAUGUUUAACAUGUGACAGACUGAUGAUAACUCAGUUUGCUUUAUGACACAUGGUGUGUGCAUUCAUCAGCACAUUACUUAAGAUGUGACUGGAAUUACAUGGAAUGGGAUUUUUAUUCCAAUUUGGUGACUGGUCUCGACAUUUGAAUAAAGAAAGUCAAAACUGAGUACAAUUUAUUAAACACAGCUUAACAUUGGACGACAGAGUCUCAUGACAACCAUUGUCAAAUUAUAUUCCAGGCCUUCAGUGAUAGAAAUAUUGACAAUUUGUUUUUAUCAACUCCCACUUCUGAUGCGUAUUCAUGAGGGCAGUGACUUUUUAUCCUUUAGUUGACAAAAUGCAAAACAUCCUUUAAAUGAAAUUCCUUCAAAGACAUUUCACCAUUUUUCUACCAAAUUAAAGGUUCAGGAUACAGUCGUGCCAGAUUAUUUAAGAGGAAGUUACUCUCUUAGAGAAUUAAUGUGAGACAUGUUCAAGACCCAAACAAAGAGAUAAGACAGAUUGUUUUGUCCUCCAUGUUAUUGCUGAAAACACAGUGUGUCGUUCAAUAAUUCCAAGAUGCCUGUCGGAAACAUCAUCGAGAAUGUCGCCUCAAAUUUGGGAAUUACUACCUGGAAACUCAAAAGAACUUCAGCUUCUUUGAGCUUAAAAUCCAUGAUGGUUGUUACUGGCAUCAACAGUAAAAAAGCUGUACUCUUAGUGCUUCUAAGUGUGCUGUUGUCUCCUGUUAUCAGUUGAAGUUGCCAACAACAACACAACAUAAAGACAUAAAAUACUGAGCUAAACUAGGGUGACCAUAUGUCCUCUUUUACCCGAAUAUGUCCUCUUUUUUGAGGGCUGUCCAGGUUUGUCAGGCUUUGUCCAGGGAAGUUUAGAAAAUCCUUCAAAUGUCUGCGGCUUUGUACAUAAGUUUCGAGUUUGUGUCAGGUGGACUUACUGAGUUAGAAGCGCGUAAAAGACACUUGAUACGACCUGAAAAACUCUCAAAAUUCACUUUGUGUGACUCCGCCCCCGCAUAGUCGUGUCCUCUUUUUGGGAAGUCAGAACAUGGUCACCCUCGCUAAACUAGAUACAAGAGAGAAACACGGACAAGAGAAAAUCAAAGUGAGGACCUAAUACUUGAGAUACCUUUCAGGGUUGAGAUUAAAUCUACAUUUUCUGUAGAUUUCUAACAGAUAUUUACCCUGAACUAUGACAUUAUUAGGUACAGUUUCAGAGCAUACCUGUGCAUCACCACUGAUUUCCAGCUGUGACCUUUUUUUAUUCCUAGGACUCAGAUCUGACUCUCUGUGCGCCUUUAAACAGAACAGACAACCUGAAUAUUGUAGAGGGUUGAUCCUAAGAGGCUGGGACGGAUCAAAUUGUUUGUUUUCCUGCCUGUUUAUUUGUGUUUGUUCAAGGGGCGCCGAAUUGUUCACUGAGCCAGGAUGAAAUAGACGUGCAUGUUUGUGCGUCUGUGUGGAUGUUCGACUCUUUGUGUCCACCGUCUGUCUACAUGGAGCCGACUGUGGGGGCUCUCAGGGUGGCAUCAGGACCACCUAGUGCGUGCGCAUCGAGCCCCUUUGAGGCGCUGAAGCAGGGCAGGCUGGGAAUGAUUAAUGGGCCAGAGGAGUGACACACUCCGCAGCUCGGCUUCAGACCCCCGGCGGGCUCCCCCGCUGCUCUGCCACCCGACACAGCCAGCUCAGUGACAGCGCUGUGUGUACGCCCACACACCGCACACUUCCUCAGUGUCACUUUCCUGAACUUACUCCCUCAACCACUCCCCCUCCUCUCCCUUAAAAAAGCAUUAAGAAACUCAGCAGUGAGGCAUAAGCUCCUUUGGCUGGUGGCAUCCUCCCUGCUGUGCCGUCGACACAGGGGUCUUUUUAUUUACAGACAAAAGCAACAACCAAAAAAGUGGAUCAAUUACAGCUGAAUAAAGUCCUGAUCUUAUCCGAAUGUCACCGACAGUAAGUCUGAGGGGGACUUUCCUAAAGUUUCAAGGACUUUAGUCACAGUUUGGAGCGGGCUGGUUCCCUCUUUUUACUGACAUCUUCUACUUAAAAUGCAGAAUUUGUGGGGCGCCACUUGGCCAACAGGCUACAGUCCACGUCCAAGUGGUUGCUGGUUCAACUCCCAGCCACAACAUAUUGCUACAUACCCUCCCCUGCUGUCUACUUCCCACAAUUCCAGUCUUCCACUACUCUCUCGUUCAGACUGGGCAUGUAGACACAGCUGACCCCUUGUUCCCACCCUCCUCUCAUCUCUCGUCCAGGUCGCAUCUCCUUCACACACUCGGAGCAAACAGUAGAAAGUCACUUCCUUCCUCUCCUGAUGGGCUCAGAGACCAUCACUCGGUCUGUUUCCUCUGCUUUCUACUCGCAGGAAAACUUCAGCUGCUCGGACGGGGAACUGAACGAGGGUAACAUGGAACAUUUCAGCAUGUCUCCAUGUGUAUGUGUGUGAAUAUGUGCCGUGUGGUUUAUUUACACAGAUAGUGAACCUGACUUUCUCAUGAUAGAGAGUCAGAGAUAACGGCGGUAUCUGGUUCCCACUCAGGCGGGGAAAAAGGAUGACCUCAGAGGAGUCACAGACCACACCGUCAUGCUCUGUUACAGCAGGUUUUAAUGAUCAAGGGUGAAAAAAAAACAGAUCUCAGUCAUCGACCUGUAACUCUAGGCAUGUUCACAUGAUCCAUAUAUCAUCAUUCUGAUUAAAAGUAUUGUUACUGAAUAUAUUAGUUCUAAUGUUUACAUAGCAGGUGAUUUAAUUGGGUCUGCUGUGGGACACGUGCCAAAAAGCUGUUAUUCCACCUCUAACCCACGUUAGCUGCAUUUACAUGCGCACAAAUAAUUGGGAUAAAUGCCUGAUUGGAAUGCAAAUGUGUCAUGCAAACAUGUCAGUGGAAAGAUUCUGAUCCAGUUCAGCUCAAUCGGAAAGAGAUUGUAUUCCGAUCGAGGGGUGGUUUAUGCUGAUCGUUCUUCCGAAACGCGUUCAUAUGAACACUUAUUGCCAUCGUGACUCUCUUACCUGACUCAAUCUUCACUCUUUAGCCUUUGGCUUAUUUAUUGAGGUCAGUACAGGAGGUUUCAUUAUUAAAACUCACUGGCGUAAAUACAACUCUUCUUCUGCGGUUGUUUUAGUGCAACCUUUGACAGAACAGUAAAAUAAGUACUCAAGGGCGCCAUCUAGAGACAACAUUUAACAGGUGGAAAAUCCUGAAUUGGAUGGAGAGAGCCACUACCGCGUUUGUUGGUUUGUUGACGGCAACGGCGUAAAUACACUUCUUCUUCUGUGGUAUUUUAGCGAAACCAGACAACUCUGUGCAUGUCCAAAUGCUUCUAAUCUGAAUAAAACUUGGUGCAUGUGUACACACGUCAUGAUCGGAUUAUUUGAUUUUGCACUCAUAUAAACAGUGGAUUCAGAUUAUCCAAUCCCCCAAAAUUUUAUUCAGAUCAAGAAAUUUUGCCCAUGUAAACGUGGCUGUUGUUUGCCAGAGAUGAUCCUUCCAUCACUACAUCUAUUCUAUCCUAAAAUGUAAAGCAGGUGGAGUCACACCCACUUUUAAUAUUGUGGGUUUUAGCCUUGUAGUACCUGUCCUCAGCAUUUUUCUUCUAUUUUAAGUUGCUCCAUGCUUCAAUCUAUCCCAGCUUUACAGGAUUUCUUGAAACUUUUCUUAAGGUCGUUAUUGCGUACGUUUCUGCCUCGUUGCAUUACAAUAAGUUUUUCAAGUGUUUCUGCUAAAAACAAACUCUCUGCUGUUGACCAGUUUGACUUUAAAUGGGCCAUGUUCUGUAAGUAAAGAAGCAUACAUCAUGAUUAGGGAUAUCAAGUCUGCUCCAGUUCUUGAUUAAAUGUAGUUAAGCCUUUUAAACCAUUUCUAACCAGAAUAAUUUGCUCUAUGUAAAAGCAGCUACUGAGAAGCUUAAUAAAUAGAAAAAGGGGUUUGCAAGGCAUCUUGGUGGAUUUAGCAGCACCUGCUGUCUUACUAAAGCAAACACUGGAUGAGUGAUUACUUACAAAAGAGCCUCUCCUGUAUCUGUUUGUAGCACAGCAUAACAAACAGUUGAUUACCACAGUGGGCUGAUGGAUGUAUUGUGUGGACAUUGCAGUUGUGAUAUGUUUAAAAGUUAAGUUGCAGUCAAAUAACCUAAAAAUCUGAAAUCCCUCUAACACAGUUUGAACACAUAGAGAAACUGACUGUUAGGCAUAACCUGACCAUUGAAUAUAAACAUACACGCAAAUUGUGAAAUUGCUACUGUCACAGAAACCUGCAUAAAUAUUGUCAAAGCUCAUUUUUCUGGCCUGCAUCAAAAUUGUAUUUGUUUAUUAGUAUGUAACAGAACAGAGUCGCCAAACACAAGGGCAGUCGUUUUUAACAAAGACAAAAGUCGCUGAGGAUCGGUAAAGUCUCCGGAGCAGUUAAGAACAACUGAAUGAAUAACUUGGUAAAUUUUUUUUUAAUUAUUAUUAUUAUUAUUAUUAUUAUAUAUAUUUUUUUUUUUCAUUGAAAAAAUUUUAGUCAUGGGCGGGACAAAGCCCAGCAUUUAUCCAAUGAGCGUCUAGUUUCGCUGAGUGGAAGUUACCCUCAUCAUAUGCUCAUGGCACAGGUUAAAUAUAAUUCUAACAUUGACAGAAAUUAUCGAUUACAUGCAAGUGGAUUGCAUUUAGUAGCAAAUUUUUUGGGGGGCGACAUUUUAAGGGAAGCCGAGCUUCCCUUGCAGUCUUAGAGCAAUCGCCACUGACAGAAACCUGCAUAAAUGUUGUCAACAGUUUUUUUUUUAUUAUUUUUUUACUUUUUAUUUAUAUAUUUAUUUUGAUUUUGUUUCAACAUUUUUAAUUGCUAUUUUUUAAAAUUAUUAUUAUUAUUAUUGUUAUUAUUAUUUUUAUUAUUAUUUUUUUUUCAUUGAACAAAUUUUAGUCAACAGGGUUUUUCUGCUCCCCUUGGUGCUCCUUGAUGUCAGGGGCACACAUAGACUUCUAAACUAAUGAGACCACAGCGUGUUUACUUUCAGGGGUCUGUACCUGCAGUGCACGUGAAUCACAGUGAUAGGAAAAUCAAAGAAGGAUUAUGAGAAUCUGUCUAAGUGGAAGUUACCCUCAUCAUAUGCUCAUGGCACAGGUUAAAUAUAAUUCUAACAUUGACAGAAGUUAUCGAUUACAUGCAAGUGGAUUGCAUUUAGUAGCAAAUUUUUUGUAGUGAUGCAGUGCUUUACUGAACUGCACAUUCACUCCUCCUCUCGAGAUUUCUUGAUAUAAAAAGUGGACUGCCCCUUUAAAACAGAGUGCUAAGCAGGGUUUGAUGCUGUUUCUCAUUAAGUGGAUAAAGUGGUUCAGGAACUGAGUGGCAGGCUGGUUUUUUAACAUUUAUUUUACUCACACUGUGGUUUAAAGUUCACCGUGUUCCUGCUGAGCUCACCAGCUGUUGGUCGGUGUCCUUCAGGAAGAACCAAGCCUUUUCCUCUUCAGCUCUGCACUAUGUCCUGAGAGCCACCUAGCAACCAGAACAAACUUUGGGAUAAAAAUGAACACAGUAGCAAGAAAAGCUUUACAGCCACCCCUCAGUGCUGCCAAGAAAACAAUCAUUAACCAAUAAUUCCCUCAGCGUUUCCUUCCUAAACUGAGUACCCACAGCAUGAAGGCGGGUCCUGUUUCCUGAAGCCAGCUGAUGUCACUUUCAUAUUGAACACUUACUUUACUUACACCAUUUGAAUGUAAUUUCAUCUGAUGGGGACGAUGCAAAUAAUCAUAUUUUGAAUACAGAGCAGAAAAGCAAUGUGUUGCACAGAGUUUGUUAUUUAUUUGCUCCAUAGUUGAGCCUUUUAGUUGCUCUUAUUUCUGCAUCUUUUGGUCAAAUAAACUCAAAUCUGGAUAUAGUGUAUAAAAAAGUAAGUACAAUGAUAAACUCAACUAUAGUAAGCUAUAAAAUAAGAGGGUUUGAUGUUAAGUACAAUACCAUACAAGAGGAUACAGUAAGUUACAGUUAGAUAUGGUAGAAUAGGGUACUAUUGGAUAGGAUUGGACAUGAUAUGAUACAAAACUAUAAGAUACAAUACAAUAUACAGUAUCAAAUUUUAGAUUACAUUACAUUACAGUAUUAUAUACGGUAUGAUAAAAAAUGUUAGAACAUUUUUAUAAAGCAAAACAAUAUUAUAAUACAAAAGGUUAUAAUACAAUACAAUGUAAUGAAAUAGCGUACGGUGUGAUACUUGAAGGUAGGACACAUUAAUAAGGUUAUAUACAAUACCAUACAAGAGGAUACAGUAAGUUACAGUUAGAUAUGAUAGAAUAGGGUACUAUUGGAAAGGAUCGGACAUGAUAUGAUACGAUACAAAACUAUAAGAUACAAUACAAUAUACACUAUCAAAUGUUUUAGAUUACAUUACAUUACAGUAUUAUAUAAUAUGAUAAAGUAAGAUAUACUGAUAUCAUAAAAUGUAACAUAAUAUCAUAAUUUGAAACCAUUUGAUACACUACUGUUAAUUUUAUUAUCCUUUUUGGGGACUCUGUUUUGAAUUAAAGGGCUGCACAAAUUCAGCACCCUCUGCAACAGUAUUGUGCAACUAAUGACUAAAUAAUACUUAAGUAAAAAAAUAUGUGCAUACAUAUACUGUAUAUAUAUAUAUAUAUAUGUAUAUAUAUAUAUAUAUAUAUAUAUAUAUAUAUAUAUAUACUAUUUACAACUUUUUCUUUAAAGAAACAUGUGGUUACACACGUGGUUAAAAGAUGGAGAAUUUAAUGUAUCACUGUUUCAACAAACAAGAAAUGAUUUCAAGGAACUAUUCUAUAAUCUAUGGAAAUGUAUGAACUUAUAUGCAAGAAUACGUAUGAAGGUGCAUAAAAUAAUGUGCUUCUCCUAGCCAUAUAUAAAUAUGUAAUGACAAAUAUUAACAAUAAUAUUGAAUAAUAUAGUCACAGUACAGUAAUAAAAAGAAGAAUACGUAUCGUCAUUAUAUCGAAAUGUGACCUAAAAAAUGUGACCCUCCAAAUGUGACGACUCCAUGUCAAAUCCAAAAUCUCCUGUUCAGUGAGAUAAAGCGUUAAUGUUUUGGUUCAAACUCAAAACACACAGUACAGAUAUUUCUGAUAUAGAGUUUUGGUUUGUUUCAUACAGGUUUAGUCUGGAGAACAAACCCUCUAACCAGAAGCUCAAUUAUGUUGCAUUCAGGUUUACUGUAAAUACAAGCUACCAACUUUUCCCUCCACACAGGGAAACACAGUAGACAGUGCACGUGCCAGAGUGUUAAAAUAACGUCCCUGCACUGUGGGGAGGAUUUGGACCUCAGCCUAACACCGGUCGGCAGAGUUACACAAAAACCUGGCCGUGUUUAGACAUUUCAUACAGGUUUAGUCUGGAGAACAAACCCUCUAACCAGAAGCUCAAUUAUGUUGCAUUCAGGUUUACUGUAAAUACAAGCUACCAACUUUGACAAAACUAUUCAGGUCAGCCUCAAGGUGGUGAUUACAGAUAGCAGAAAGUGAGUGGUUUUCACAUGUCUCCAAACUGUGUCAACACAAAACCAAAAUCUCUUUCAUCCCAAUUACUCAUACGACAAGAGGAGCUAGGAUUUUACGAUAUCUGAGACGGUUUGGUUCAAGGGAUAGAAUUGGUAAAGAAACAUCUUGGUGCCACUAGAGACCGCACGACUCACAAAUUUUAUACCAUACCUGUCAUCCAUCAUAGCACCUUCUUUCCCAACUUAAACUAUGAGUAAGCUUUAACAAGUGACAGAAACGGCUAAGGAUGCUGGAAAUUAUACCGUCAAAGAAACUGCUGCCUCAUAGAUGUCCUGGUUAUAGACAGAUAAAGGCCUCACACAUCAUUACAUGCAAAUUUUAUGACAUCAAAAAAUGCAAAUUAGACACCUUAAAACUAUGUUUGUCAAUAAAUGUCAGAAAAAAUUGUCAAAAUAGUUAGCCAAGGGUGCUACUUAACAUCUAGAAAUCUAGCUAAAAUGGUACAACAAAAAAUAAUGUUAGUUUAACUUUUAGGUAACAGCUAAAAUGUUUGAUAACACAAAUAGUUUUAUAGUACCUUGGAUACAACUCCUAAAGUUGGUUUAAAGUGUUGGAAAGUAGUGAAAAUAUUUGUUUUGAAGAUAACACUUAGUGAAAAGUGUGGAAUUCAUAUCUUUAACAGAGAAUUGACAAUUUGGCUAGCAGCAACUUUUGCAUACAUGUUGUUGGCUUUGAGUAUUGGAUAGUUGUAGUUGCUAAAAGAUAAACAUAUUGGAUAUUGAAUUGGAUAUCAGAUACCUGCUUGACUAUUGAAGUGCAAGUACUGGCAGGGUUCGACAGUGCGACCAUUUCACUCGCAUUUGUGACUAAAAAUAGAUGUGUGCGAAUUCAUCCAUCCAUCCAUUUUCUACCGCUUAUUCCUGCUAGGGGUCAUGGGGGGGCUGGAGCCUAUCUCAGCAUCUUCGGGCGAAGGCAGGGGACUGCAGUGGGUUACAAAAGUGGAAAGUCUAGAUUAAAACUACCGCUUAAAACCUCUCUGUAUCCAUCUGACUACAUACAGGCGAGACUUCCUUUAGAGAGAAAACAAAGGGGACAGAUUUUGCUUAUCGAGCUUAAUGACUCUGGACCUUUUCAUCACCUCUCCCAUAAACUGGAGGAAAUAAACUGGAGGAAGGAAAGGAGCAGCACUCCAGUCAACCCAUUUCCACACCUACACUGGGAGAGCACUCCAGCCCGUCAAUGAAAAUACACAAGGCCUCAAACACAAACACACAGACACAUCAGAAUUAAUAAUCAGUUAUAAUAUCAUUAAAGCGUUAUAAGAUUAUUACCCUAGAGAAUAACUACAGCCACAGCAGACGAGUGUGAUUGUUGAUGCAGUCGUAUGUUUGUUUAUGCACAAACAUACAUACAACACACACACACCUCCCACACACACACACAUGCAGACAUAAGAGGAAGUAUAUGCCAAGCAACACCCCUCGCUGCUGCCAACCCGCUCCACCAAGCCUUUCUGCUUUAAUUAUGCUGUCUUGUUUCCUCCAGUCCCAGAAUUAGAUAAGGGACUCAGUCACAGAUCUGGCUGAUGGAUUGUUCCAUUAAAGCAUUAAAGACACAGUAAGGAGUUUCUAACUGAUUUUGAGAAAGGCUCACUCUUUAUGACCUUUAUAGUUUGAAUCUAGAGCAGGAUUGCAAUACGUAAUGGAUUAUAAAUGUGUUUUUAACUGGAAAUAUGGCUCUGAUUCUAACUGUUUCCCAACAAGUUCGUCACUGGUAAAUGUGAAGGUAGUUAAAUGAUAACAAUGAGUCAGAUUUCCAACAUUAGUACAACAAACAAUAUGAAAUACGGUAAUAUGAUAUUAUGACAGCAUUUCAGCUUCUCACUCUCAGUGGAUGUCACAAAAAAAGCUUAUUUGAAUCCAGCCAGUUUCUGCUAUAAUUAAGAGACGUAAAGACCAACUACAUGUAUAAGUGCCAUGCAACAAAGACCCUUGGUGAGAUUAAUGCAAUUACAUGGCCUUGUUUCUAGCAAACUGAUCCAGCAGUACCACUUCCACCUCCCUUGUACCGCUCCCAACUCUGCAAUAAGAGGAUAAAUGGGCUGAGAUAUGCCGGCCAUUAUGCAUUAUUAUUCAUAAGAGAGGACGUGUUUUUGUUGGCGCCAUCAAGCAGCAGCUGCUUCAAACUUGGAAUAAAACCUGUGGACACAACUGAUUACAGGAUUACACAAUAUCGGCAACUUUUUCCCCUUUUAAACAGAGGUCAUUAAUUCAGGGUUCAUGUAAAUUUGCAACAUGUUUGGGAAAGUUUGUCAGUGACAGAGAUGAAAACGUUUGAAAAAGUUUGCACAGGUCAACAAAGCUAGGACUGCAUGUGGGCAGUUGCCUCUAUUCUGAAAUAGCCUCAAGUGCAUCUAAAAUGAACUGAAGUGAAGGUGAAAAAAGUCCUAUGGGCUGACAAAGCAUUGUUCAUAUAUUUUAUUUUGAAAUCAUGGACACUACACAAUCUCCUAUGAAGCUUAGGUUUGAUUCAUUUUUUGCAAUGUAGAGUUGUGACCUAAAUUUGGGAUGCAGUAACAAACUAUGUCUGCUGAUAAAGGUUAUUGGAAAUGAUAUGAAACCCAUGCAGUGAUUUCCACUACAGAGUUAAGCCUGUUUAUAUCAGAAUAAAUGACACCAGUUUUAAACUCAUGGAGGAAUCCCCAAAACUCAAUUCAGAGUGGAGGCGUUGAUUUUUUUUUCACCAAGUACUAAACUUGAUAAUUAACAGUUAAUUGGUCGUUACAUCAGAAUGAAAUCCCAACCCCUGUCAAAGUGACAUGAUCCCCGACUGAUAUUCCCAGAUACGUCGCAAAGGUCAUCACGGAUCAACCUGACAUUCAGUACGUUUACAUGACACUCACUCAGAUUAAGACCGGACAACUGAAGUGCAUGUAAACACCUUAGUCCGACUAUACUUGGAGAUUGAGAACUCCAUUUAACCAGCAUAGUCGGAGUAUGAUCGGACAUUGCAUGUGUGUGUGGGCCACAACCUCAUAACCUCGGAACAAAAUCACCAGAGAAAAGAAGUAGCAUGCACCUCAUCUGCAGAAAAAGUAGAGCGUACAUCAUGUACGUCAAAAACAGCAGUUGUAGCCACUUCUGACGUCUGGCACGGACCUGUUGUUGUUGUUGACAGUUGUAUGGGGUUGGAAACAGUGCAGCUGGAAAGACCCAUAUCGCCCCCUAGUUUUGGGGAGGAGGACACGUUCAUGUCAAUAAUUCAAUUUUCUCAGCUGCAUGUAUACACAGACAAGGAGAGAAGUUUGAUUUGGUGAAAAAACGAAUUAUGAGCUUAGUCGGAUUAAGCUGUGCAUGUAAACGCAGUGACUGUAAACAUCUGUAAAAGAGAACUACUGUUCUCAGCAGAGUCCACACUAACAGCUCAUUACCAAAAGAAAAAAAAAAUCCACACAUCUUAUUACCAGCUAAUCUUAAACGACUUAGCUAAUGGCGCAUUGCGUGGGAUGAUGUCAUAUUGCAUUACCCAACAACACACAGUAUGCAGCACUGAGAGGCGGCCGGCUGCAGUACUCCGUCCAGGCUUUCUUGGGUGGCUGUUUAUGUUGAGGCAGUGAAUUCCCCCGUUCACCAGGCAACGAAACGGUUUAUGAGCAGUUAGUCACACAAAGCGCGGGGCGGGCUGAUUGCUCAGCUAAUUGAUCUCCACCAGAGAUCACAGAGCCGCGCUCAUAAAAGGAAAGGGAACGCCUCCCAUGACAUCACCGUAUGCAGUACAGCAAGACAAGGCGGGCAAGUCAGGGGAGAGACUCAUUCCCACACUCUCUGCAGACUGAGUGUCACAUCGAGAACACACAAACACAAACAUACACACAACUUUUGAUCAACAGUUAGAACAAGACGCGUCUGCUACUGGUUUAGAGGGCGCUGGUAAAAAGUUUCAUUAGACAGGAUGCAGACAACUAAAUUAAGUGUUUUGGUAAAGGAUGUGGUAUUUGUGUAAAGCUCCAUCAUUUGUUUCGUGUAACUGAUGAAGUAAAAUAAUGAAGGUGUUACAGUCUCAAGAUUCAUCACGAGUUGACACGUUAAUGUUGAAAGUGAUCUUUUGUUAAUCUGAACUUUUUUUUUAACUUGUUGCUAGCAUAAACAUAUAUUUUUCAUAAAAUACUAACAUUAUGUCCUUGCAAAUCAUUGUUUAAUUUGCAAACCAUCAAAAAUCUGUUUCUGUCAACUUUUUACACCAUGUCCCAACUUUUGAUUAACAAGCUUCAGAGGUUUAGGGAUAUUUACCCUCCCUUUACUCACAGCUGAAAAAGAAAAACAGAACCAUAGUUUGAUGUUUUGAAAUUCUUGAUGGUCACUUGCUCUUCUCAUAGAGGGAAAAACAAAGGAAAUCUGAAACAAAUCUAAGAAAAAAUGUGAUAGAAACCUUCACUCUUAGCACAAAGACAGGUGUGGUAAAUUCUGUUUUUUUCAAACAUCCUUUGACCUCUAAUAUGUGUCUCAUUAAAACCACGUCACUGACACUGACUCUACAUGUUCCUGCAAGUUUUGUUUAACCGUCCAUCCAGAUCAGAUGGUCUUGAAAUCAGUCUCACAUUAGGCCCUCAUGUUCUGAUCAUUUCUUAAUGCAACACCAAGGCGACAGUUUUUUUUUUUUCACUGUUAUACAAUUUCUCUGUAAUAAAAUCACAAGAGUGGAAAACAAUGUACGGGCAACUGAGGUGACCAUUAAAGAGUGUAAACAGAGAAAUUCCACACGAGAACUACAGCAUAGGAAACACAUGUCCUCAACAUAAGGCACAGUAUAGGUUUUUUUGCUCAGCUUCAUUUAAGGUAUACAUCUAUGACCCUGAUUAUAUUGCAGUUACAGAAGUAGGCCAUACAUUUUAAAGACAUACCCUUUCAGCCAUGUAUUUCUCUAGAGUGGAGGCUCAGAAUGCUCCAAGACAGUUAGCUAUAGUUCAAAGUGGUUUUCGAGGUUUUGGUCGAGGUUUUGAGUUCUGACAGGCAAAGCUUUCAGACUGCAUUUUGGUUCACCACAUUCAGGCAUGUUACACACAUUUUACUGGCACAGCGAGAGGUUACAGAGAGAAAAACGACAAUUUCUUUAGUGUAAUAAAAGCAAAAGCAGAAUUUUCCUUUUAUAUACAUGCACCCAAAAAAUUGAUAUUAUGCUCCAUAUAUGCUGAAACUCACUGGAAGGAAACAUUAUCUCUCUGUGAUGUGAUGUAGUAUGUGUCACUAUGACUACAAAGCGUCCUUUGAUUAGCUUCCUUUAGUUCUUUAUGCUCAUAUUUUUUAGUGUAGGACUAAGAGUAAAAAUGAACAUCAUCAGGUAGUAAUAACCAGUUUUAAAAGCAAAAUGAAAGCAAACUCUAAACAAAAACUCCCUUAAAGUUGCACCAACAACAAAUCUGUACAAAAUCUACCAACAGUAAACCAAACACUUUCUAACUUAUUUAGUCCAGGCAUAGAGACGUAUAGCGUAAUAUAGAUGUUUCAGCCACAGGUGUUCUUCAGCCAAGCUGUUUCUUCAGCUUAAGACUUUAAAAGCGCCUUGAUAUGUCUUGCCAAUACAUUAACACCACCGCUGUAACCCAGCCUACCAUGGUGGCACAUAUAUUUUGUGAAUGGACAUUUUCUUGCGGGGUGGAAUUUCCUCAUCCCUGGGUUUGGACUAACAGGAUUCUGAGAAAUACAGGUAUAAUGUAUAGUAGUAAUUAACAGAAAACACAAGUCAUGAGCUUGUAUUGAACCAUGUUUGCCACGAUCCUGUGAUGUCAAAAUACCAACGGUUAUUCUUUUAAAUACAGCAAAAUAAAGAAGUGAAUACCAACUCUAUAGAUGAUAACAAACUCCAUGACACUCCUCAACAUCACCCACAUACAGUUCAGGUGUUAUACAAGCAUUGUGUAAUCUCUACACACUUUGAGAGCUUUCAGAAUCAAGUGUGUUUGCUGUAACUCCAACAGUGUGCACUGCAGCCUCUUUCACACAUGCGCUCCUAUAAGUUCCUAGAAAAAUACCAAAGUUGCUUGUUCACACAUGUCCCGUAGAGCAUGAAGCCUCCCCUGUCUUAUGAUGGUGGUGGAGGACAGGGGAGGAUGAGUCUUAGGAUAACAUCAAACUCAAGCUGUAAAAGCCACUGUGUAAAGUUUUUGAAAUGAUAACAGAUGAGGCAACAUCGACCCCUCCUUGCUAUGAACCAGGCGGUUAUAGGUAUUCUGGAACCCUAAGGAUUACUAUUUCUCUCUUUCUUCAGCCUUAAUGGUUGCAUAUUUGGUAUCCUUUACAUGUCCAAAAAAUUCGUGAAACUUAACACAAAAUUCAGGCCUGGCAAAAAGUUAGAAUCUUUAUGUGAUUAAACGUAUCGCUAGCUUAAUAGCAUCCCCGACACCUAUUAGACAAAGCCCCUCUAGUCUAGGGGUGGGCAAUUAAUUUUUACACGGGGCCACAUGAGAAACCUGAACUGUGUUGGAGGGCCGAACCAACAAUAACUUCAAAUUCAAAUCAGGAGGGAUCACACACACAGAAAAGCAAGCCCAAAUAAGCAACUACUAGUUAAAAACAAGCCCAAAAAAGCACACCCGCGACUCAAGAAUUUUACAAGUGACUUCUGAGAGAAACAAGCCUAAAGUCGUUUAUAAUAAGCAGACUUGGCGACUAUAAGGUGCCUACGUAUAUUUUGCCAAUAAAACUUGUCUCUGUUCACAGAUGCAGAUCUAGGAUGUACGCAUGUGCAUCCAAACGGAAAUAAAACAAUGGCUAGGUUUUCAAAAUAAAAGCAACACACUUGUAUAGCAUGUUGAUGAUUUGAUUGAUGGACCUCACAAAGGGCAGGGACAUCCAAAGGGCCGGAUGUGGCCCAGGGCAUAAAAUGCCCAUAAAAUGCUCGAGUCGAUUCAACCAUAUGCAUGGAGCUUGCUAGACGUACGUAUGAUGCCAAGACAUACAAAAAAAACCUCUUGGACUUAUCUUCUAAACUUAACAGGAAGUCCAUAAAUCUAAGUCAAAUGUCUGAUUUUGGCGUUUUUAGCGGUCUUGCUAAAUUUAUAUAUAUAUACUUAAUCAAGAUCUUCCCCCUUAACACAUGUAUAUGCAGAUUUUUCUGCUUUAUUCAUAGCACCCCCUGUGGUUAUAUACACUCACCGGCCACUUUAUUAGGUACACCUGUCCAACUGCUCGUUAACACUUAAUUUCUAAUCAGCCAAUCACAUGGCGGCAACUUAGUGCAUUUAGGCAUGUAGACAUGGUCAAGACAAUCUCCUGCAGUUCAAACCGAGCAUCAGUAUGGGGAAGAAAGGUGAUUUGAGUGACUUUGAACGUGGCAUGGUUGUUGGUGCCAGAAGGGCUGGUCUGAGUAUUUCAGAAACUGCUGAUCUACUGGGAUUUUCACGCAUAACCAUCUCUAGGGUUUACAGAGAAUGGUCCGAAAAAGAAAAAAUAUCCAGUGAGCGGCAGUUCUGUGGGCGGAAAUGCCUUGUUGAUGCCAGAGGUCAGAGGAGAAUGGCCAGACUGGUUCGAGCUGAUAGAAAGGCAACAAUGACUCAAAUAACCACCUGUUACAACCAAGGUAGGCAGAAGAGCAUCUCUGAACGCACAGUACGUCGAACUUCGAGGCAGAUGGGCUACAGCAGCAGAAGACCACGCCGGGUGCCACUCCUUUCAGCUAAGAACAGGAAACUGAGGCUACAAUUUGCACAAGCUCAUCGAAAUUGGACAAUAGAAGAUUGGAAAAACAUUGCCUGGUCUGAUGAGUCUCGAUUUCUGCUGCGACAUUCGGAUGGUAGGGUCAGAAUUUGGCGUCAACAACAUGAAAGCAUGGAUCCAUCCUGCCUUGUAUCAACGGUUCAGGCUGGUGGUGGUGGUGUCAUGGUGUGGGGAAUAUUUUCUUGGCACUCUUUGGGCCCCUUGGUACCAAUUGAGCAUCGUUGCAACGCCACAGCCUACCUGAGUAUUGUUGCUGACCAUGUCCAUCCCUUUAUGACCACAAUGUACCCAACUUCUGAUGGCUACUUUCAGCAGGAUAAUGCGCCAUGUCAUAAAGCUGGAAUCAUCUCAGCCUGGUUUCUUGAACAUGACAAUGAGUUCACUGUACUCAAAUGGCCUCCACAGUCACCAGAUCUCAAUCCAAUAGAGCAUCUUUGGGAUGUGGUGGAACGGGAGAUUCGCAUCAUGGAUGUGCAGCCGACAAAUCUGCGGCAACUGUGUGAUGCCAUCAUGUCAAUAUGGACCAAGCUCUCUGAGGAAUGCUUCCAGCACCUUGUUGAAUCUAUGCCACAAAGAAUUGAGGCAGUUCUGAAGGCAAAAGGGGGUCCAACCCGUUACUAGCAUGGUGUACCUAAUAAAGUGGCCGGUGAGUGUAUGCUACUAACAUUAACUUACUGUAUUGGAUCUACUGUAAAUUUUAUGGGUGUGAAAAUAGUUUUAGCCUCAAUUUGUUUACACUUACAUUUUGGCCAUGGUUAUAGGGCCACCUACAGAAAACAAACAUUUAACUCUACUAUAAAUGGUUCUACAUAUACUUCGGGUUCAAGGUAUGAGCACCAUUGUGCAUAGUUUCAGCUGUAGCAGUCAACAGCUCUAUCAGAUCUCGUAGUUACCACAGGCGUCAACGCAGGUUAAGAUGCAAGGGCCCCGUGCAGCUAUGAUUAAUAGUUCAUUUUUCAAAAAGAAGCUUAUUGCCAGUAACAGUAUAAAUUGACAGCCGUAGUGUGUCCCUCUAAAACAUCCCCUUGCUAAACCAACAGUUGUCAAAAACGAUGUCUCUGUAAUCUGUUAGCGGGCUGAUUGUUGUCUUUUCCUGAGAUCACGGGCUGUUUUAGACUCUGUUUGAUCUGGAAAACCUCAUCAGUUAUGAGUGACUGAGCGGGAUUACACUCACUGAGAGGGUAAUUGAUCCUAAAUAAACAACACACAGGCUGGAAUUCCAUCUUUCUGCAUUUCUGUAGAGGUGGCACAUGUUUUCAACGUACAUCACACACAAACCCUGACUUAACCUUCGCUUACACACACACACACAGGCACACACUGUGCGUUGAAAAACCUGACACAUGUUGAUGGGAUUUGUAAAUUUCUGUUGUUGAAACGCGGGAGUUCUUCCAAUCAACAGAAAUCAAACUUCAUCACAGUGCAGCGUGUUCACAGACGUUUGAUUGUUUCUGAAGUGUGCUCUCCUCUGCAGACGGAGCGAAAAACCGCCUCCAUCAAAAUGUGGGAUGUGUAAUUUUCCUGCAAUAUGCACACCCACCACAAGCGCUUCCUUCACUAAAGCCUGAUGGGAGGCACUCAAACAGAAAUAGACGGGAAUAACAUAGCUGUGAGGAGGCCCUUCAAACCCAAUGAAAGCAGAACAGAAAUGACACCUUAUUCCACACAGUCCUGUGAACGCAAUACAGUGGUUUUAAGGGUAAAAAUUGGAACAACUCUUAAAUACAUAAAAAUUUUUCUGUAUUUGUGUCGACUUGACUGUAUUCUUACAUACUGUUUAUUUUCAUUAAUGUGCCGAUGUUUGAAAAAAGUGUAAAUGUUUCAACUCUUUUCAUUCAUUUCAAACAAACUACAGGUCCUUACACACCGAGAACGAUGCAAAUAUUUGACACGAAAUUACAAAAUAUUUGGAGGCGAAUUUUGACGCGCCUGACUGUACACAUGCGAUACAAGUGCGAUGCGAUUUGCGACUUUCCUGCAGGGGAGAGACGCGUCCCGGGUGGAAGCGAGAAGACUGACACAACACCAAACUGACUGUUUUUCAGUCCUGAUUAGACACUAGUGUUGAGAUGUCUGUCUGUCAUGAUAGCAUGUACUGAGUCGGGGCCAGUACCAGAUAAGCACAUUAAACUAUAAUCCAUAAACGUAAGGUAACAACCGAGACCUAAUGGUGCUGUGACAACAACGCGAUUGAGUUUGAGACAGUGAAAAUACAUACGGUAUGUUGUAUCUGAACAGGUUAGCUUACGAGCUAAAGUUACUUAGCACAGAUGAAAGUUAAAACAAAGACAUUUACAAACUGUUAAAGCACACAAACCAUCGUCAUAUGAGAGAUCCCCCGCUAUGACUCUUCAUAAGUUGUCCUUCAGGUUGUUAUCUUUGUAAUAUUUGUGUCUUUUAUCAAAAAGCACUCUGUUCUCCAACAUGUAAACAAUCAACCGGUCGGCCAUGUUGGAUAUACCUGUGAAUCAGCAACAACACGAAAUCUGAUUGGUCAGAAGUGAACACACAGUACGCAAAACUUUAGAAAAAUCGACUGUGAUACAAAAAAUAAAAGCCGCAAUAUCGCAGGACAGGAUAACAUCACUGAUGUGAACGCUUGUAUUGACAGGAUACAAGUUCGAAAAAAAAUAUUGACGUCCGAAAUAAUCGCAUGAAAAAAACACUCCCUCAGGAGAAAAAUGAAAAUGAAUUUAUGUUUAAAGGAGAGUUAACUGCAAAUAAAUUAGAAAGAAAGCUGAAUGUGGACAGAAAUGUGAACAGAUAUGUGACAGCAGACAUCUUGCUCAUCUUAUCAAACACUAAUGUCAGUGGAAAUAUUUAGUCUGAAUUCAUCUCGCAAGAAGAAUCCAUGUUGUCUAGCUACGAGCUGUGGCUGUUAUAUACAUAAAUAACUAACUUAUAACUGUGUAACUUUAUAUCAUCACUCCAAACAUAUUACCUGUAUUUGGAAGUAUCAUGGGCCUAGCCUUUUCCUGGCUCAUUCAUGUAUUCUGUUAUUUGGUUAAUGUGUGACAGAUGUCGGAUUGGGUGUUUGGAUCCUGUUGCUCUGAGCGUGUCUUAUCAGCACUUGGGUUUUUGUCCCUGCUGGACACCUCCUGCAGAGAGUGUGUGAGCAGAGCCAGGAUGUGUGGAUGAGAUAGCACAGUGCUCAUUACAAGAGCCUGCAGACAGCUGUGGAGAUACAGUUUAUUAAUCCCAUGAUAAUCACACACGCACACACAGACUAAAGUGCUUUGUUUACCUUUUACUGACUUCAUCUUCAAACACAUGAAAUGAUUUUGUCCAUCUAUUUUUGAAGUAAUGUGAUUUUUGAAGUGAUGGCUGCAGCGUUGAAAUAAACACAUUGGAUUGAAUAUUUAUGAAGAUGAAACUAAAGUACCAGCAUCAGGAGUGAUCUAUUUCCUAUUCAUGAAAAAAGCCUGUCACAUUUUCCGUCACUCUGCUCUUAAGUGGAGAUAACAUCUGGGAUAAGAGAGCAGAGAGUGAGAGAGAGAGAGAGAGAGCGAGAUAGAGAGUGUGUGUGUGUGUGUGUGUGUGUGUGUGUGUUUAAAGCUUGGUGUAGUGUAUGUUUGAUCGUCCCCGGGGAGGGAAGUGUGGUAGAUAAGCCCGUGACAGCUGCCAAACACCUCUGCGUGUGCAUUUGUGUGUGUGUGUUUAUGUGUGUUAGUGUGUGGGCCCCUGAUUCAGAGCGUGUGUUUCUGAAUCCACGCCACCUGCCAGCUCGGUCCCUUACGGCAGGUGUGAGUGUGUUUGUACGUGAUUCAGCCCACUGAUGAAGGUGGAGCAUAUGUGAGGGUCUUAUCGUCUUCAUCUCUCUGUAAUAACACUUAGACGGGCGGAUUGAGGGAGAGAUUACUGAAAUGUGAGGAAGUGUGACGGUGCUCACAUGCAUACCUAAUUUUGCCUGAAAACAAGGAAAUAGCCGUCUUAAAAACAGGACUGUCAUAUAAGAUAUUUUUAAAAUUGUGAUGAGUUAAAUGCAAUAAAUCCUUUUAAAUCAUGUUUUUGAUGGUAUAAUCUUAUCGUGCAUCUCAGGAGCGUCUUAUCCUCAAAGGCCGCCAUGCCAUCAGUAAAGUGACAGACGGGGUGAGCAAGAGAGUGUUUCGGUCUAGAAAUCACUGAAGACUUCCAUGUCUACACAGUGCACAAACUUAAGCAUGAUUUAUAUAACUUUGCAUUUCAAGACAGAUUUUCAUUUUUUUUUUUUUUUUUUACGAAACAGGGAUACUUAAAGAAAUGUGCAGAAAUAUACAUACAAUUAUAUCUUAUAGCGCCAUCACCUUUCAGAGGAAAACCAAAUAAAAAACAGACAGGUCGUCCGUUAUUGCAAUAAGACCUGAGUAAAAAAACUGAUCAAAAAACAGAAAUGCCUCAUCUGAAAUCAGAGGAGGGGGAUGAGAUGGAAAAGUCUCUCAAACAAAAAGGAAAGAAAAACAACGAUUCGAAAGACAAAAUAAUAAACAAUAAGAAUGAAGGAAUGACAGUGAGAAAGACAAGGAAAGAUAGAUUGGAAGUAAAAAGGAGAACAGAAAAUAAAAAAAGCAGGGCAAAAAUGACAAAGAAAGUAAAAUGGAAGGAAGGAAGGGAGGAGGGAGGAAGGAAAAGGAAGCAGGGCAAAAAUGACAUAAUAGAAAGGAAAAUGAAGGAAGGAAGGAAGGAAGGAAGGAAGGAAGGAAGGAAGGAAGGAAGGAAAAUAAGAGAAACAAAGAAGGAUGAAACAAAGAAAGGAAGAAGGAAAAAGGAAGGAAGGAAAAACAAAAAACAAAUGACAGAGAGAUGGAUGAAAGAAAGAAAGAAGGAUCAAACAUGAAUGAAAGGGAAGGUAGGAAAGAAAAAAUGGAGAAAAACAGAAAGAGCGAAAGGAAGGAAAGAGAAAAAGAAGGAAUGAAUAUAAAGGUAAACUAAGUCAGAGAAACUCCUGUCAUGUUUCAAAACUAAAACCUGGGUUUUGAGGAUUAAUUUCAAAGAAAAAUGUCAGACUUUGUCUGAUUAAAAGUUGAAGUCUUUGUGUCAUUUUGAAAAUGAAAACAUCAUUUUUACUCAAAAGAUGAGAUUGAAUUCUUACUGUUAGGCAUAUUCAAUAGUCAUGAUGGACUAAAACUCACAGUCAUACCUCUCUCUGAUCAAUGAAAGCUAACAAGUCUAUUAGCAAAAACACUGACAGCUUCUAUAUGGUCAUAUUGAUGACUGUCACCACUGCGAGUGGGUAGGUGUCAAUCAAAUGAUUCUGAAAAGCCUGUUUGUACUUUUCUCAAAGUAAAUUUUCAUAAUGACUGAAACUUUUGACAGCUUAAAGAAAGCAGAUGGAGAUUUUUAUAUCAAAACACAUCGUUCAAAUAUAGAGAGAGUAAGAUCAGCAAAGAGAUAAAAAGUAAGUUUGUCCAUGAGCAAUGCCAAAUUAACACAGACAAGGUUCCACACAGGAGCUUGAAGAGACUUCAGAGGAGGGGAUUGUUAUUUCAUGACUGUAAAGAGAACAUAUACUGGACUGGUUCAGAGCUGCAGAGGCAAGAACCUCGAUAAAAGCCUGAUAUCUUGGCAGUGAGUGUGCGUGAGAAAUGUGGACCUGGGGUCAAUAUUAAAGAGUGAAAAUAGCAAUGACAAUAAAUCAGCAGUCUCUCAGAUGUGUGGGAGAGCGGAAGAAAGUUUUCCUGCCUGACAUCACCAGGGGUCAGAGGUUAAAUUCACAAGCAGGUGGCCAAGAAACAGAGCCUGAACCAGGACGUUUUCUUUUAGAGGCUCCAUUAUUCUCAGGACGGACUGAAGCAGGCCGAGCUGUGCUGCACCAUCUGUUUCUACGGCCUCUCUCUCUCCUCUCACUAUGAGAAAGCAGACUUCGUGUUGCCUUUACGUGAAUGUGUUUCCCCAGGUCUCAAUUUUAUGCGGCAAAUAAAAAGCUAAUAUUUUUAAAGUUGUGAUGUAAGACACUUUUAUUGCAAAACCUCGACAUGGUUUUUCUUGAACGUUACCCAACAGCACUUUUUUGUCUAUUUGAAGUCUUGAACAAUAUCUCCUUUUUCCUUUUUUUGACUACACUUUGUUUCUAUCUAUUUUUGUUUAAAUCAUGAGGACUUUUUUGCCUGCCUAGAAUUCUUUGUUGUCUUUCUUAUACACUUUUUCAGCUGGAAAUUUCAAGUGUUCAAUAAAUGAAGGUUGUAAUUAAAACUAUUUUAUUUGUUUAAAUUUGAAUCCCGGGGUUAUUGCUAAUCUAAAAGGCAAAAUAUUAAAUUUCUCUCUCUCUCUGUCUUGUUACCCAGCAUGCCACUGUAACCUUCACGCCCGCCGCUGUCGUUUCAACAUGGAGCUCUACAAGCUGUCGGGCCGGAGGAGCGGCGGCGUUUGUCUCAACUGCCGACACAACACGGCAGGACGCCACUGCCACUACUGCAAAGAGGGCUUCUACAGAGACAUGACCAAGUCCAUCUCUCACCGCAGGGCGUGCAAAGGUAAGAAGACGUGAGGGAGGUGGGGUGUUGUCUUACCUGUACAGUGUUUCCAUAGUUGACUUCAUCUACAGUUAGGAUCUGUGCUGACGUUUGAGACCCAUGCUGUCUUCAGAUACAGUAGAAUUAGAACUGCUUUUACGCCUCAGUGAAGGAGUUGUGUGUUUCUUCCCUCCUUGUCACUCUAACACUUCAGGUAUUAAAGGAAUUCCUCUGGAAGUUUUUGGAGAAAGGCGCCCACCUGUCUUAGUGUCUCUGAGUUGACCCGUGGAGCUCCAGAGCUGUUUGGGUUCUCUGUAGAUCCCUGACGAGACAAACAUAACAAACAGAGCAGAGGUGUGAGCUGAUCUGAACGGCACAGCAGUGGAAACAACGAGCUAAUCGUGCAGAGGCAGAAAAAGAACAACACACACGCAGGUGUGAGCACAUACGUCAGGUUUUAGACGGAGCAGCCAAGGAUUAAUGCGAGAGGAGACAAAAGCUGAGCUCCUUCUGUCUCGCAACACCUCGGGGAGAGGAGAGGAGAUCUGAGACCCUGAGCAAACAAACUUCAGUCACUCAGUCACUUUAGCUUAAAUAUCCUCUAGAUGCUGUUCAUAUAUCUGUCUGCCUCUGUGUGGGACAGGUAUGGAAACACUAAAAAGACAGAUGUGAAAACUUUCAUGAAGUUUGUAAAAAUGUUUGGAUACCAUUAUUUUCUCUUGAAUGCAGGUGAAAUAUAACCCUUGUUCUAAAUAAUACGUUCUAUAAAAUGCAGAUGAAUAAAAAAACAGGCUCAGGUAGUUAAAAAUCAUCUAAAACCAAUAUCUAAUUGGUUUUACUGAAAUUGAUGAGAAGCCAUAAUGCAGGCAGGCCUGUCUGGCACCCGAACUCUUCUUCUGCAAAGUCAUGUUGAUGUAAUAUGUGCAGAAAUAUGCCGGGUCUUCCCUGAAGAAAGCGUUGUUUGGUUGGCAGCAUAUGUUUUGCUAUGAAACCUGUAAUCAUUGUUCAGCCAUGCCAGAUGUGAAAGCUUAUGCAUCUUCAAACCAUCUAGGAUGUUGGCUCUCGAACUGAUAACAAGCCAGGUGGUCCUUCUCCUCUUUACAGUGGGGGGUGUAGUAUUUGUGAUUUUUAAAAAGGAAUGUCAAACUUAGAUUCUUCGAACAGGAGGGAAGCUUUCUUCUUUGUCCCUGCCCACUAUCAUUGGACUCAAGCCCAGAGAGGUCACCAGCAUUUCUGGAUCAAAUAUCUACACAGUUUCCUCUUUGCAGGGAGUAGUUUAACCUGCCUUCAGGGAUUCAGCAACAAACUGCGUUCACAGACAAUGUUCUUUUGAGAUGAUUUGAGCCAAUGCACAAAUUUUCACUACAGUCAUGUUUUGUAUUGAUGCAGUGCUACCCAAGGGCCUGAAUAACCUGACUUGACCCCUUCAUAGCUGUUUCCUGAUCCUCUGAAUCUUUCAAUCAUAUAUACUGUACAUAUAAGACAAAGUCCAGAAAUGCCAUUUUAGGUUCCAAACUGGUGCUAACACAGUCUCUCACAGAGUGGUGCACCUCUUACCAUCUUUAAUUCUGAGAGACUCCGCCUCUCUUGAAUGCCUAUUUUAUACCCAAACAUGUCACUAACAUGACACAACUUUUGUGACAUUUUCUGUCCCUCUCAUGAUUUUGGCAUCAGAUUAAAAAAAAAUAAAAAUUAAAAAAACGAUUUUGUAUGACAUUAUUUUUCAAUCAAAUAUAGGCUUAAAAUGAUUUGCAAACCACUAAAUUUAGUCUUUAUCAACAUUUUACACGGGGUCAUAUAAGUGGAAGCUGUAUUAUAUAAUGAUUAAAAGUCAUCAUAUAAAUCAGAUUCAGUGCAUCAAUCUGACACCACAUCACCUUCCUUGAAAACACACACGUCUUGUUGGCUAGUUUUGCAUGAUAAAACAGGACUUACUGUUGUUGUCACUGUCGGUGCACAGGCAUUUUCAUUUUUGUUUUUCAGUCCCUAAUUCUCCUGUGAUGCCGUUAGAAAAAGCAAAACAAGAGGACAAGAAUCCUCAUACUUUGAACCAAAACUUCCAAUCCCAAAUUUUGUCCCAUGCCUCAGGCUGCAAUCAGAAAAGACACCACCUCAAGCAGUGCUUCUCCAUUUUAUGCACUUUUAUUCUAAAUCUGUGCGUGGAGAUUAAGUUUAGAGGGUUAGACUUGGAUAAGAUUCAUUUUCAUUUUGCUCAGUGAUGUAACAUCUACAGAUCUUUGCUAAGUUUUUAGAAAAAAAUCGGGCUUGGUUAUGUGCAAUUUGAAAUCCCCCUCUCUUUCCUCCCCUGCAGCAUGCUCAGGGUGCUCUGGGAUCAAACCCAAAUAGUCUGAUUGCUGCCUUUCUCCUCAGGUGACAAAACCAGAGCGAUGUGACAUCAGUUAGAAACCUCUGUAUUUAUUGUUCAAAUCAGCCAACCAUCCCACUCUGCUGUUGUUGGACAGGAAAUACAGCUCUGUGCCAACACGGCCGGGAGGAAACCUGCUCUCAUUCCUUGUUCCUCACCCCCCCGCCCCCCUCCCCUCCCUUCAAACAACGCUCAGUUCUCAACAAAAUGUCCACUCAACGAUUAGCUAAUAAAAAGUUUGAGGUUUAGUGAAAAAUGUCUGCAUACAUCUCUAGUGGCAGCGUCGAAUGCCUCAUGCUUUAUUUCCCAGAUUAACAACUUCACCCCUCAUCGAGCGCAGUGUAAACACGGCUCUUGGAGAACCACAGUGCACACCCCCGCCCCCCCCAGUCCCUAACAGUUUGUUUUCUUUCCUCAGUCCCCUCAUAUGUUUGGCAGUCUAAGCCUUAAACCAGGCGCAGCAGAGUCCACAGAGAUGAAGCAGGUACAUGCUUCAGUGCAUCGAAACUCCCCUGAAGCCCCCCCAGUAACUGUUCAGCCCUGCAGGACCCCCACUGCUGCUGCCAAUUAAUUAAUAUGUCCAAUUUGUCGCCCGCCUGCAGAGGCUGUUGGACCGUGGCUGAACAUGGGGCGCUUUUAAGCCUGCUGUUAUACAAUACAUACCAUUAGUCUGCCUUAAAUCUCUCCACCUUGGAGAUUUAAUCAGCAGUUUCUGCCUUUUCCUCUUUUCAAUUACAGUCACUAUGUGAAGAAUAAGGGCCUGUGUCCACUAAAGGCUGGGAACCAAAUGUUUCAGAGUGCUCCUCACCAGUGUUUGCUGCUGCAAGGUUAUAAAGUUGCAGUCAGUUUUAUGAUGCUCUGUAUGCUUCAUAUGUAAAUCAGAGGAUGGUGAUUUUGUACAGGUAAAAUAUAAAAGCAUUUGAAUAUCUGGCAAAAUUACUCUAUGAAAAUAACUUGGUGUUGUGAAUGUGUGGGGAAAACUUCAUUCAGAGCCGAUAUUUGUGAAACUUUGCUAAGCUGCAGCAGGAGAUAGAAGUUUUCAUGUGUCAUUGGUCUAAAGUUCUCUAAUGUAAGCUUAUAAAAUGUUAACCAGUUUUAACUACUAUCAGAACUCAUGACACUUAUUAUAACAUGUCAGAAUAAGUAGACUUUAUUGGUGGACUUAUUUUAGUAUAAAUUGAACAACUUCAAUUCUCAGCUUGUUUUUUUACAUUCCUCUUACACACACAUGCAGUACAAACACACACAAACACACACAUUGCUAACAGCUUUCCUGUCUUUAUACCUUUUGUGUCGAUUUUAUAAAUCAUUUUGCUAACACUUUAUUUGACGCCUCUAUAACGCAUUAUAAAUAUAUGUACAGUGCAUUAUAAUCACGUUAUAGCACUGUAUAACUAGAGUUAUAAACACUCAUAAAUGAUCAUAAUGCUUUAUAGCAAUAAUAAUAAGACAUUAUAAAGCAUUUUAUCAUGACUUACAAGGUCAGGUAUUAUAAUGUGUUAUAACUGUUUAAAACUCACUAAUACCUGACCUAGUUAGUCAUGAUAAAAUGCUUUAUAAUGUGUUAUUAUUAUUGCUAUAACGUGAUUAUAACGCAUUAUACAUAUAUUUGUUAUCAUAAUUUUGAUAGAGAGCUGUGUAACAAAGAUAUUUACACGCAUGUGUUGUUUACGUAAACUAACUAACUUUGUGUACUCGGUUUGAAUCCUCAGUGGAAACGAUGUGAAUCCCUAAACUUUCACUCUUUGAGUUUAUUUCACACGUGCACUCUUAAGAUUUUAUGACAUAAGGCGGGUGGAUGAAAAACAAAGGAGUAAUAGCUUAUCUGAAAAAAACAAAGUUAAUAAGCGUCUUGUUAUGUCCACCGAGCUCCAUAAAUUUCAUCUCCAACCUCUGCUGAACCACUUCAAGCUGAAUUUCAAGUGACUCUGCUGGUGCCUAUAACACAUGCAGAGCUAAUGGGGAGGCUGGGCGAGCACUUCAAACACUGGCUUUAUGGUAAACGUUUGGCAGCACACACACACGCACAUACACACACACACACAGAGCGAAUUUCUCACAUUUAACUUCCCCAAACAGCUUUAACAGACUUUGAAGUGCGCUCCACUCCUCCAUUAAUGGGAAACAUUAUUCAGGCAGUUAUUUGCAGGGAACUCUUUGCCAAGGGCUUUACAUUGGAAACUCCAAUCUGAAGAGCACACAGACUGUCUGAUCACAACACUGCUGAGGACACAAACAAAGCUCUCCAGAAACACACACACAGGCACGCACACACACACUCACACUCACACAUUCAUUUUGUCUUAUAGAGGUGUACCUUGCGGAGAAAAUGAAAUACAGUAUUAAUAAAGUUAUUAACCCUGGUUCAUGCCUUCCAGAGCAGCUCUAAUGAAGAGUCCUGUGCUCAUUAUGGGUGGAGGGACAGAGUUUAAUUUGAAUGAGGUUUUCAUGCUGGUUCGAGGCCCAGCUCCCAUCUGUGACGGUCUGGAAGAAACACGCAGCCUGCACCAUAAUGUGAAUGUUUCUUUCUGGGUUUCAGAUCACUUUUCAUCGUAUGGAAUUUGUAAAGUCAGCAAAGGACAGGAGCGACCACAGUUUGGAGUCAUUUGAAAGCUGAUAUUUGUUUUGUUUUUACACUGGUUUAUGUGAAAUAUGUUUCCAUUUUUCAAAUUGAAAUAUCUUUUCUUGGGUACAGGGACAUGUCUGACAGUGGCUUGAGCAGAAAUUAUAAUUGGAUAACCUCCUGCUUGGGUUAAUUUAGCUGACUUUUUUGUGACAUUUUUCUCCUCACUUCCUCCCCCUCCACAGCAUGUGAUUGCCAUCCGGUUGGAGCUGCAGGGAAGACCUGUAACCAGACAACAGGCCAAUGCCCCUGCAAGGACGGAGUGACAGGAAUCACCUGCAAUCGCUGUGCCAAAGGCUACCAGCAGAGCCGCUCUCCCAUCGCCCCCUGCAUCAGUAAGGCUAACUUGUAAAACCAUCGAGCAAAUGUACAUGCUUAUAUAUAAAUGAUUAUUUGUAUCCUGGUUUUGAGUUUCAUCUAAAUCAGGAUAUUUAGUGCAUUUGAAGCAGGAGAAACCAAGUUGGUUGUAUCCAUGUAUCUGUAGUCAUGGAGAUUCCUGUAAGGCUGAUGAUCUUUGUGUCAUUGAUUUUUUAGAUUCUUACUAUCUUGGUUACAGUUUGAGCUAUUUUUUAGGACUCAUUAAGGGACAUAGAAGCAAAUUUUAAGAGGUUUUUGGGUUGCAAAGUUUGGAAAACUUUGAAUUGACAUGCUAUUUUUUUCAACUUUUAAAACAUAUUUUAGCUGCAAAGUCUUACUCUAAUAAUAAGUCAUUUGGUCUGUCGUGAUAAGUGAUGCUCUUGUAAGUUAAAAGUUGUGGGUGUUGAAAUUUAACACAUGACGUUAACAUUUAAGUCAAAGAGUAAAAGCAAUCAAGCAAAGAAGGUUUAAAUCACCUAGAUUCUAAACAAUGUUUUUAAAAUUGCUAUUGACUCAAAAUGCAACAAAAUACUAGCAUUAACUUUUUCCCACCCCACGAUCAAAAUGCAUCAGAAACAGUAUUAAAAUGCAUAAACUUAAAAUGGGCUUGAUUUCGUGGAAACAGGAACGUGGAAUGUUCACACUAAGGGAAACGUCAUUAUAAAAAUAAUUAAGCUGCUGCUAAAAGUUGCAAAAAAAAAGUUAGCUACACUCUAUCAACUUCAGUUUCUACUCUGGAGACUCGCCAAUCAAAACUAAUUACAUAAAAACAUUGUUAAACAAAAUGACCCUCCAUGUCAUUAUUUCAUGUUUAGUUAGAAUCAUCACAUUUGUCGGCUGCUUUCUGACUUUACUCAGUAAACUGUUGCAACGAGCUAAAUGGAUGCUAACAUGCUUCCAUGUUAGUCCGUCCCACUUGUUCUAAAGCCUUCUCCAUGUUUCAUUUCCAUGUUUUAUCAUUUUGUCAACAACUGUGAACCAAUAAACUCAAAACAAAGAGAUUGAGGUACGAUGGACUGGCAGUUUAAAGGCUUCAGUCCUUGUAUCAGUCGCUGUUUUGACUCCUUUGCCUAACUAUUUGCUCCAUGCCUCCCUCUACGUCAAAAUUUAUAGGGGAAGUUAACCAUAAGAAACAGAAAAAGCUUACACAGCCUAACUUUGUCUUCACAUAACCCUAAAAAACCAUAAAAAUAAUGUUUAUUUUCUUAAAUAACAGGUACCAGUCUGGUUAGACUGGACGCCAGGACUCCAUCAGUGAUAGCAAAUCCAAAUGAGAAAUCCCUGAUUGGUUCAAGACUUGGAAAAGACAGGACAUGUUUUUUUAUGAAUAGCUCAGCUUACAUUACUUUUAUUUCACAUAAAUAUUGGUCUGUUUAAAACAGGGCCAGGGUAAACAGACUAUUAGAGCACCCCUAACAAGGCCCUGUGUGCCUUCAACACCACAAACAGUUCGUCUCACAAUAAAUCUGCAAAGCCGGUCCAGGGCUGAAACGAUGGCUGAUAUGUUUAUUGGCUGUAUCUGUUGUGUGCAGAUUCCAGGCUAGCGGUAAUAAAUGCCAACGUUUCACACAAACAGAGAUAUGUUAGCUCGGAGCUCCUUUUGCGAGGAGCACCAAGUCGCUGGCUGGCAUCGACAGAUAAGAUAAGAGUAAUGUCUGGGAGGACAUGUACACACAAACAAUUGUCCACUAAGCUACAGAGGUUCUGAUAAAGUCAUGUGUGAAUAUUAGACGAGGCGUCUGCGGAGAACUGAAGUGAUUUGUUUGGCUUGAAUCCACAGAGAUAAUUCGAACCUGUGGACCUGCUGGAAAAGGAUUUCUUCAAUUUUGUGGGAAGGAAACAAGUGUGGUGUAAAAGUUGGAGGGAAUAAGAUUUUUGAAGAGAAGAAUAUAUGGGAUUUCUUGUAUAUUUUUUCAGAUGAUGUGUUUUUGUUUAAUAGGAUGAUAUAAAACUUUUUGUUGGCUGUAACUUUCAGCCAGCUCGGACUUUAACAAGACUGUCGGCUUUGGCUCACUUGACCUACGACAAACCACAAUCAGGGGGGAGUUUAACAUUAAUAGGAGACUUGCAGUCACGAUACACCGCUUUUUCAGCACAUCUGGGCAUCCAAGUCAACUUUCAUUAAAGAAAUCCCAUUCACCACACUCGCAGCGGCAAUUUCCUCUGGCAGAGUGAUCAGGGAGGGAGGCUCAGAAGUUGUUAUGAUGUUUUCCAGGUUUUUCCAGGCUUUGUAAAUGUAGGCUCCUUUUAAAAUACAGUGAAUAUUGAAUAUAGUUUACAGUUUUAUAUAGAAUAUAGUUUUCUUCCAGUUUACACCUGGAAGAAAAUCCUAACACCAUGUCAGACAAUAAACUGAAACAAUCUUGGGUACAAUACGGAUGUAUCUCAGGUUAAUAAACAUACUGUAUCUAAUACACUGCUUCUUACAAACUAAAACUAAUAUUUGCUUUCCACCCCUGGCAGAAAGACAGAAAGAAAAAUCUUUGAAAACAUUACCAGCUUAGAAUUUGUGCCUUUUCUACUUCAUCAAAGUUAGCUUAACAAGUCUUCCUAGCUCGUACUAAAAUUUAUUGGAAACAGUUCAUUGUUAGUUUAAGCUGCUUUAAUGUAAGAGCUUUCCAUAUGGAGGAAUACCCUAUUAGUUUAAGAUGAGGAAAUGAAAUGAAAUAUCUCUCCUCAUGAUGUUUGUUUUAUCCUGUAUGUGUCCUAUGUUGAUUUUAGUUUAUAAUCGGUAUCUUUAUCUUUUCUUUUCACAGAGAUUCCAGUUGCAUCUCCAACAGCAACUUACAGCAGCUACGAGGAACCAUCAGGUGAAUAACACAAUCCCAAUUUGGCUCAUUUUUCACAAGUUUUUUUGAUGUUUGAGAAUAAUUUUUGUUGUGUUUUGAUAUACGUUGACAUCUAAACUGGAGGAGCUGCUCUUUCAUAAAUCCAACAACAGUAUUUAGCACAAGCAUGUUUUCCCGUCCACUCAUAGUUUCACUCCUUAACCAAACAGUGGUCGUUGAGGUCUGUCUGCAGCUGAUGUAAACUCCAGAUAUUUCUCCACUGCUCCCUGUGGCCUGGUUGUCAGUAUUCCCAGCCUGCCAAGCUGCCUCCCCAGGGUUUCACCCCUAAUCUGAUUACAUGCUUCAUUUGCACCAGUUUGUAUUUCAAUCAGGGCCUGCUGGGCCGACAGUGAAGCUCUAUUGUUCCUGUGCUCUGAGAAGGGUGUCCGUGUUGGACCGCUGACAUUACACCAUGUGCAACAAAAAUAUUUACUUGCAGGUUUAGUGGUGAUGAUUUCUGUCUCUGUUUAUUAGCUGGAAAAGAGAUUAAUUAAAUUUGGAGGGGCUUUACAGUUAUCUAGUUCACAUGUGUAUGAUAAGGAUGAAAAAGGUACAAAGUCUUUGGCCAGGACACCCUGCCGUGUAUGUCUUCUAUCUCUUUGACCAUACUUUUUUUCAAUUUCAAUAUAUAAUUUACAAUAAAAAGUUAUCUUAUGAUCCAAUGACAUAUGGGAUCAUUAGUGUGGUUAAUUGGUUAAGUGUCCUAAUGACUGUCAGGGUUAGUAAUGCUGGAUUGGUUAACCAAAACAAUAAAUGCUUUUCCAUGACAUAAAAAUGUCCAAUGGUCAUUAAAAUGUUUACAGUCUCACCUCAUCUCAAACGCAGUGCUUAACAGCACAUAUUAAAAUACAUCAAUCUCAUUUUACUGAAGUAGACUCAAAAGACAAAAGAAAAUAAAAUUUUCAAGAGUAGAAAUAAUAAUAAAAAAUGUCAUCUCAGGAAUAAUAUAAAUAAAAUAUAUAGAUAUAUUAAAUAGUUUACACCCCAAGUAAAAGAUAUAUUUGACAACACAACCCCAGACUUUUGGGACACGUAAUUAAUGUGACAAAAACAUUGCUGAUACAGAGCGAAGACAGGCAAGUGCACAAAGAAAAAUGAUAAACUGAGAGCUGAGAUCCACAUGAUUUGUAGGAAAAAUCUAGUAAGACGCCUGAAUUUCAGCUGGGACAUUACACAGCCAUCACACAUCAUUUGUGGUGUGAUGGUGUCAGGGUAGGUCAAAGUUAGCUGACCCAGGCUGUACCAAACUAAACCAAACCCUUUGGUGUUAAAAGAUGCCCUUAUUCUAUUGGCUAUGACUUCAGCAACAAUGCGUUUUUUUUUUUUAUGUGACAGAACAGUUGUUUUAUACUAGGCCUGAAAAAAUUACAAAAAAAAAACAUAUUAUGUAAAAGUACGAGCAUGAAAAAAAAAUUCUAAGAUGGCUAUUCACGUGGAAAAGCCAGUUCUUUUUUUUUUUUUUUUUUUAACUACUUACUCUUUUUGAUUCCACACAAUACUUUUAUUCUGAAGUUGAGAGUGGCACAGUUAUUGGUGAUAAGAGCAGCGUGCAUAGGUCCUAUACGUAUUAGCCUGCAAAGAACUUUUAAUGGAAAAAAACAGUUGCCAUUAAUCACGAUAGCUGCAGGUCAAAUUAUGGGAAUUAUUUUAUCAUUUAUGAUCACACCUAGGCGUGGGAGAAAAAAAAUCGAUACAGCAUAGCAUCGCAAUAUUUUGUCUGGUGAUAUAUCGUAUCUUCUCAUUUACCAAGUAUUGAUUUUUUCAAAUAAAUUGCUAAUAUGAAGUCAAAUAUAUGGUAUAUGUCCAGUUAGGUUGGCAGAGGUGAGACAAACAUAAAGGAAAGCCAAAUGCUAAAAUAGGGAAACAGUUGAAAAAAAUUGUAUAAAUCUCAAUAUAUUGUAUCGCAAUACUCAUUGUAUUGCAAAAUGUUAAAAAUCGGGAUAAUGUCGUAUCGUGGCCCAAGGAUCCUGAAAAUAUCGUAUCCUGGGGCCACUAGUGAUUCCCACUCCUAAUCACACUCUUUGCAGCCAUCUCUGUAGAAUUCAGCACAACACCUUUAUAAUAGCAGGACGAUACAGGCUGGGUUAUUUGGGUAUAUUUCCCAACUAUUGACAAUUGAAAUGCCAGAAUUGGGUACUUGGCUGUACCGAACUGGACCUCAAGAUAUAAAUGCAUCCUAUAUUUCUUUUCAUUGGCACCAAAACUUGUUAGCGCUUCAUCUUCACCAAAAACAUCCAGGAGUCAGAUAUUCUGUUAAGAUUUUAGAUUCUGUAACUUUUGGUGAGCUUUGCAGAAAAUGUGUAGACUAAUGGGCAAAAUGAACACAUAGCAUAGGAGGCUCUGUCCAUAUCCAUAUGUCUAACUAACAUAGAACACAAAUAAGCCUUGAGCUGGUGUGCUAUUUGUUGGAUAACAAUACAUGAGUUUGUUUUCACCAUGAUACAGGUUUGGUUGAAUAGGCUGAGUCACUCCUCUUCAUCGAUCAGUGUCUGUAGAAAGUGGCGCCACUGACUUCAUUCAGCUUUGUUGUGCAUCCCACUUCCUACUAUAGUGCCUGUCGAGGCUGUGUGGAGUUUGGAUUCCUGUCAGAAACUCCACACAGUCACCACCCUCCAAAUUAGGAGCAGUGUGUUCCCCUGGGACCCCGCAGGACGAACGUGGCACUGCCGCAGAGACGCACAAAGGGGGCGUUUGUCCUCGCAGCGGGGGAUUGGACCUUAAUGAGGGCUGAGAGUGUAAUGGCCCACUGCGGCGAUCGCGCUAAGGGGCUAAUGGGACACGUCAGCUAUCAAAGGAUGUAUGAUACAGGCCCCCAGGGGAUAGCGGGAGAUAAAGAAGCCCCCCGCCCUCUGCGCUUCAUUUACAUGGAAAUCAGGCAUGCUUGAUAUGGACUCGUCAAAUUCAUUUACUUUGGGAUUUCCUCUUUUCUUAUUUCUCCCGCCACCCUGGUAAGCAGCCCUGCAUUCCAGCAGAAAUGCUUUCUCUACAUACAUGAAUUCAAUCCUCAUCCCACGUCCCAAACCACUUUUUUUUUUUUUGAGAGGGAGGAGAGGGGCGUUUUUUUCUUCCUCAAUCAUUACCCAGGCAACCUCAUUCACAGGGAGUAUAAUAGGAAAGAAAGGGGAAGACUGGACAGAGGGCUGGAAGAAAUAAUGAAGUUUGUCCAUAUUCAGGCAGGCUGAAAGGUCCCCCCUCUCUCUCAACUGCCCCCUCCUUUCUCUUCACACUGCCCGGCUUUCCCACCCCCCCCAGAAAAAGCACAAGGCUUAUUGCUCUGGGAGAGGUGGGGAGGGAGGGGGGAGCGACACUCUAAAAUGAUCUGGUUCCAAUUUGUGUCAGUCAGAGGAAAGCCGAGGGAACAAAUGAUUUCAAUUUUUCACUUUGCCCUCUGGUCCCGCCGCCAUUACAAAAAGUACCUGGCAAAGUGACGCCACGGCAGACAUCGAUAAAGCAUUCUGGCGUGCUCCCCCAGGUGUAACAAUGACACCUCUGAGGCAUUAAUCAAAAAGUCCACGAGCUUGUUCCUCUAGGGGUUAUAGAUCAUUUAGCCUCAGCUAGCGUCAGGAUUUUCACUUUCUCUCCUCAUGAGGCCCAGACGCUGCUAAGGGUCCCCGCUAAUUUCAGGCAGGUCACUUGUUAAUUCCCCCUUGAGACCUUCUUUUGUGCACGAGUGACCUCUGCAGCCCUCAGAGCGCACACACAAUGCAUACCAGGACACUGAGAAGGGAGCUGAGGCACUGGGCGGAGGAUAGUAGGAGUAGUAGGAGUGUGCUGACAGACACAGGAGGAUCUGUGUCAGCUGUAAUCUGUCUCACUGUGGCCCUUUGGAGGCAUCUAAAAAACCCUGAGGACACUAAUUAUGUGACGCAAAAGACCCAGUUUAAGUCAAUUCAGUUGACGACGCAGCAACACAAUCUUCAUAAACAGUUUCUAAAGAUGAAAUUUAUGAUCUCAUUCUCUUUUUCUGUCACCUCUUUGUUUUUUUUACAGAUUGUGAAUCUCACUGCAAAGCCUCCAAGGGAAAGAUGAAGAUCACCAUGAAGAAGUACUGUAAAAAAGAUUACGGUGAGUGAGUGAGUCCAAUAUGCAGGAUCAUCGGCUGCCUCAUGUCAGCCAGCAGUCCAGAGGUCAGAUGUCUCAAUUAAUCCUAUCCUGGUGCUGUGAUGGCUCACUUACACAGCCCGAGGCAAUGUCUGCUAAUACAGAAUAAACAAGAAAAUAUAUCUUUAUGUUCUUACUCACCAAGCUGUCAAAUCACACCCCAAAAAAUAAUAAAUAAUAUUGCAUCAGAUUUUAUAUAGCGCUUUAUCAGAGACCCUCAAAGUGCUUUACAUUGGAUACAUCAUUCAUCCGCUCACACAGUCACACCUUGGUGGUGGUAAACUACCUUAGUAGUCACAGCUGCCCUGGGGCAGACUGACGGAAACAUGGCUGCCAGUUUGCGCCUACGGUCUCUCUGGCCACCACCACACAACACUCACAAUCAUACACCAGUGGAGGACACACACGGGGAGCAAGGUGGGUAAAGUGCCUUGCCCAAGGCCACAACAGACAGAAUAGGGAUAGGGGGGAAUCGAACCGCCAUCCUUCAAGAUAUUGAAUGACCGCUCUACCUCCUGAGCUACUGCCGUGAAAAGCAGUUUUUGCUCCUACUAAGUAGUUUAUUUUGGUGUUCAGACAAGGAAAACUUAUGUGUUUACCGGCAGGAACUAUUCAAUGGGGAGUACCCCAAGAACUACACCAUGGGGUGUUUCUUCUCACUGCAGCUCCCAGUACUGCUAUAGUUGUUAGACUCUAAAAUUAAAUUCAUCAUAUCUCCUCAGUCACAUAAACAUUAAAUUAAAAAAAGAUUUCAUUGCCGUUAUUGAAUUGUUGGCUAUGAUGUAAUUCAGUUCCUAGUACCCCAUUAAGAGGAACCUUUUAUUUCCUGCUUCAGAGUAGGUACUCUCCCUGCACAAGAGGGACUUAAAGUGAUGUAAGUAGAUUUCAAAGCAAAAGCAGAUCUGACAGAAAAAACGAAAAGUGGUAUUCCAUGCUGCACGCUAUUGUAACCACAGACUGGCACACACCAAUAAAGUAGGUUGCUGUAAAUUUGCCCAGAAUGCCAAAGAAUAUUAGAGUGACAUCACCAAACCAAGUGACCUUGGUGAAUAAGUCUGGAACCACUCAAUCCUUUCUGUUUUUGGUAGGUUGGGAGAGGGAGCAUUAGCAAAGCUCGCAUCCCAAAAUACCUAUGGAAGUGACAGUUCAGACUCGUCUAAACAAGGCCUAAAUGUCUGAUGAUGGUUGUUUUGGGUGCUUGUUUGAUUCUGAGGCACCAGCUUGACCACUUUAGAUCAAGACUGUUUGCUGUCGUAGAACGCAGAGUAGUAAUAUCAAUCGAGGUGGGUAAAAAAAAAAGACAAUAUGAAGAGUCCUGUGUGCUGUGAUAUUCUGGACUACAUCUUGUCCAAUGAGAUUCCUGAUCCUGACUGUCCUUUUUCAACAUCUGGUUGAACCUAACUGUUGUAUGCUUGUGCAUGAACCAGUUUUUGUUCUUCGCUCUGACCCCUCUGCUCUCUUUAUGAUGAUUUCUUUCAGAGAAGACUAAUUGGCCUCUCUUUCAAAACCACUGUUGGUGAAACUUCAUCUUUAUAUUCUCUAAAUGGCAUCCAACUGAAAAUUGGCCAAAGAUAUCUUAUUCCCGCUCACAGCUGAGCAGACAGUAAUUCAGGCCAUUUGUUGCGUUUCGCUGUGGAGCCAAAAGCAGCAGUUAUUCAUAUUUCCCCUGAUUUAAAUCUUAAUCAUCACAGCUGAGGCCGGCCCUCCAUCUAUAAAUCAGUCAGGCUGCUUCAAGCAUAGCGAGCGGUUCCUGUUGCCUUUCUCUGAAGUUCCUAUAAAAAGCCUGGAAGCAGAUGAAUCUCUGUAUGGCAGGCAUCAUAGCUUAGCAUGCAUUCCCUUCACCUCGCUCUAAUUCAUUUCUCAGGCCUGUCGCCCUGCUUUUGUGGAGCUUCUUCUCUGUUCUUCAGGGGCCACAACCCCCCAUGUGUGAGUGCUGCUGCAGGCCCCCCCAGGGUCACGGGAAGGGGCCCUCUGUUUAAACACAGUUGUGCGCUCUGAAGACACCAAGCAUUCCUCGGUGCACAAACAGGUGCUAAAUUAGUCAGACGGUGACGGAUUGCCACCCCGGAGAGAAAGAAAUAUGUUUUGUUUAUUCAAUUUUUGUUUUUCAUCACUGCUGUAGCUACGGAGACGGUGGACACAAAGGUAUUAUAUUCUCGCCUGACACCCUCCUCUGCACACACGUACCCUCCCUCUCUUUGCACCCGGGAGGACAAUGAAUCAAAGGGCCGCGUGUUUACCGACGCUCUGGGAUAGCGCUCAAAGGCAAUGUCCCCCCCCUAGCCUCCCUGAACGCCCCUCUGCGCUCACCCGAGGGUAACAGGUCCCUGAUCAUUCACUCAGCUGAUAACCAGCGGGGGGACGGGGGCCUCUGCGCGGUAAUUAACCAAGCGCUAAUUUCAUUAGCCUUUGCUUGUAGGUGGCAUGCCGUGUCAAGCCGCAGCACACUGCCCAAAGAAGAUAAACCCAGCUGGAGGUCUGGCUGUGAGGGAGGCUCAGUCGGUAGCCAUUGUGCAAGUGCAGGAUCAUCUCACACUGUCCGUCUCCCUAAACAGUGUCAGCUCGCACUAUUUUGUAAUCGAUGGUUUGACCCUGUGAUCUCAGCUUCUCUCUGUUGUCUACUUAGCUUAAACCAAGUGGCAGAAGAUGUGUGGAUUUGUGUGUGUUUAAAUACACCACACAGACUGAGAACAUACUUGAGACUGAAAAGGCUGGAUGCUUUAACUGAGUCUCCACGGCCUGGAGAGGAGCGUGAUAUCUCUGCCGGAUUCUCACGCUGCAGAGUUGGAUGGGGCUCUGGGAGCAGAAACCCGGAUAGCUCAUGAGGUUGGAAACACAUCCCGAUCCUCCUGGAACUUUCUUCUGUGGCUGGGAAGACAAAUAGUAGGCCCUCCUCCCCCCUCCUCACACACCCUUUUUGUGUCUGGAUGAAGGAGAGGGCUGCAAUGAAUGGCAGGGCUGUGAGAGCUCGCCCUCCUCAGCCCAACAAACCUUCUUUCUUCUGAAAUUGUGUGCAAUUUGCUCACACCAUGCAUUGACACACAUACUCAAACAGCCCACUCCUCUGGUUCUCUUCAUUAUUGGCAGGAAUAGAGGAUGACUGAAGAUCACCUUAAGGGAUCAUGCUCAGCCAGAAAGGCAGAGAAAGGCUAACCUGCACAGCUAUCUCAUUAAGGUGUAGGAACUUUAUGGAAACAAUUGCAAAAGCUUCCGUCUAAGAGUCGAGGAAGUCCUCUCCUCAUUAGAGUAGAGGACAUGUCCAUCAUUCCCUAAAUGAAUGUCAAAUUUUAUGUAUACAAACAAAAUAUGAUUAAAGUAUUGAUAUAUACAUCUCAGGCAACUUGAAAACGCAAAAACCAAGAAUGAAGCAGUCUCAAAAUUAAAUCUGUGUCUUUUGGAUGAUCCUGAGAGGUCCUAACAUGGCUAUAAACUGAGUUUCUGCGAGUUUUAGCUCACCGGCAAACCAAACACAUUUAAAAGGACUUAAACCUUUGUCUACUUUGCUUAAGUUUGCUUAAAUUUUAUGAUUUGGUUAACUUAUACAUUCAUUUUAACAACAAAUUUACGCAAACAUUGGCUGUGUUUUAACAACAGCUAGAAACAUGAGUGCUAAUCUUACAACAUGAGACUCAUGUAGGUUGACAUGGGAGUUUUGUUUGGCCCGGAACUAAAAACCUACAACAGGAACAGCUCUCGUGAUUCCCUUUUUCUUAAACCGCUAUGUGUGUCCAUCAGAUAACUAGAAUAGCUUAUACAAGAGAUAUACUGAGAUACAAGUGAAAUUGAAGCAUAUUCGUUUGAUAAACAUCCUGCUAGUUGUUUAAUCGUAAAUUAUUCCCAUCAUCUAAUUCAGUCUCCUCCCAACACACUCUUAACAUUAAUGGCACAUUCCCAGCUAAAGCCAAGGGUGAAUCACUUCAUUUUAAGCACAGAUUAGCUCUCUCACUGUUGUGCUGUUAGACCUCUUGUUGCCUUCAUUAUGACGCAGUAAUGGAUGCUUCAUUGGACGGAGGAUCUGUGCAGGGGACACUGUGAGAGGAGUUUUAGUCAUUCUCUGGUAUGAAAAUAUCUGUUCAAGUGGUGUUUCAAUAGUUACCAGGUUUGGCAUGAUUUGGCCUGAAGGCACCUUUCCUCUGAUGUUCAGGAUCUAGAUAGCACCAAUUAGACCAAUUGGAAAGGAUUUGUCUCAGAAGUUACAUCGUUAGCAGAUGUGCCAUUUUUCCAUAAAAAUUCUUGGUGGGCCAUUUUUCUUUGGAUAAAAGAGAAUCGGCCACCUGAAGGAAAAGUGUUUCCUUUACACCACAGAGAGGUGUUCUUUCAGAGGAUCUAGCUUGAGAAUUGUUGUGCUGUGUGCACAGAAAGUUCUUUGCAAUAGAGAAACCACAAACCUUAAAUUCAUGGCCAGGAUUUCAUUUGCUUCAAUGAAUGAAUUUACCCAGGCUUUUUUAGGGACGGGUGUCAGUAAGAGAUGGGCCUUUAAUUCAGUCAAAAACAAGAAUACAACCUUGUUGUUAUUGUUGAGUCUGGCAUCAUUCUGAGCAACGGUUAUGAAUCUUUUAACAGAAUAGAGGUUGUGGAGAGAAAUCUAUCAAGCCAACCAGGUGGGAAACAAACUAGUGAACUAGGUCAGCUUCCAAGCAGACCCAUGUGAGUGUUAACGUGCAGGAAGUACUAAAGGCUGGUGGUGCUACCUCUGCUGUCUUUAGCACCACUUUGCAAUUGUUUGGUAUGUUUACCUGCAGACUCUCAGAGACCAACUUUAGCAGAGGUCUACUGCUUAAUUUUGACUGUUACUGAUUGUUUUCUUACUGAAAGACUAUUUAGUUGAGAUUUCAAGUUCCAUCUCAUUGACGAUGACAUUUCUCUACAUCCCUAGUUGGAAGUCAUUAGGUACUCCAUGAAUAUUUGUCAAUGUAGAUGGACUAAUUUUUCCUUUUCUCUUCCCCUCUUCCAGCUGUCCAAGUCCACGUUCUAAAAGGGGACAAAGCAGGCGAGUGGUGGAAGUUCACCGUCAACAUAAUUUCUGUCUACAAACAAGGUGAGAACCGCAUCCGCAGAGGAGACCAGCUGCUGUGGGUGCGUGCCAAGGAUGUAGCCUGCAAAUGUCCAAAGAUAAAACCUGGGAGAAAGUACCUCCUCCUGGGGACGGAUGACGAUUCUCCCGGACAAAGCGGCGUGGUGGCAGACAAAGGAAGCUUGCUCAUCCCUUGGAAGGACCUGUGGGGUCGCCGGCUGAGGAAGUUCCAACAGCGCGACAAGAGGGGGAAAUGCUAAAAGUGGCUGGAGAGGGGGGAAAGAUGGAGAGAGAGCCGGAGGCAAACUAACGUCUCUGCUGUGAUGAAUGCAAGAGGAAAGGAUGAUUGAAAAAAUAAUAAACUGGAGGAUUAUAACAUAGAAAGACACAGGAGAAUAGUUGGAGAAAUGGGAAAAGGACUGAGUGCUGCUGCUCUGACUUAGAGCAAAAAGUUUAGCGUUUUAUUUUUUAGGAACUUUUGUGAAGGAGCUCAUUCCACAGUCGUUUUGUCUUUCAAGGUUUAUUUUGUUGUUUAAUUGCAGAGUUUGCACCUAAUGUUACAGAUCAUAUCCUUACUAUGUUACCCAUGAUGCCUUUGUUUUUUACAGUCCUGUGAUAAAGUUGUUUUAAAGAAUAAUGUAUUUUUCCAACCCCCGUUUUGUACCUCAAGAGGAAUAACUCCCACUGCGCUGAGUGAAGCAGUAUCAAUGAGGGACUGAGAGCUUUCACCAUAUUCACAUGGCAGCCAUUUUCCCAGACAUCAUGCUCAAGGCAGGGAGCUCGUGUUGUUGUUGUUGUUUUUUUUCAACAUGUCCUGGUUGUCUUGGAAGGUUUUCAUUCACUUGCCAAAAAAUAGACACAUGCCAUUUAGUCUCUUGCUUCAUUAUACAUACAGUGAUCUGGGAUGCAAAGGUAAUGAGACUCUGCACUGAUUGGCGGUCUUAAUUUUUACAGAGGAGCAAGGGUUCAGAGUGGUGAAGACAGAUGUUAAGAUGGAAAAAGACCAAAAUAAGUCUGGCACAAACAAAAAACACCAGUAGUAGCCAACAUAUCACCAUUAAAAUUGAGACCAACUAGUGUUUUAUUUGGUCUUCAAUGUGUUGAGAUGGAAAACAGACGUGUUAAUUUACACAACCAACAACAGAGUAGUUGGCAUGUCUGGGUCUAACCUUUGAUAUCUUGACUCUGUAACACCUAUCACUCCUGUCAUUACAUCACCACAGGAGCAAAUUCACAUUGCCUUAUAAAAGCUAUGCUUUCCCAGUAAGUGGAAAAGGAGACAAUACUAAGGUUUUUCCACUUACAGAUUACCAGGGUUGCAAGGUUAGAGAUUGACUGAAGUAUGUGGAUAGGCGAGGAAAAACCUGUUUUCCAGUAUAUAGGGUCUUUAUGGAAGGUUAAAGAUUUACUGCUAAGUAUGCACUGCCAGUGUUUCCCAUAUAUGGAUGAUACUAAGGUGGCUUGUAAAUUAUUGACCAUUUUGGGAUUAGUUUUAUCCACAUAGUAUUUUUACCAGUUAGUGACAAACUAGUGGACAGUAUCUCUUGUUUUUGCUCCACAUCUUUUCUGAGUGCUCUGAGAACAUUAUGUUGUAACCCUUAGGGUGGCGCUAAUACAUUCAGCAAUUUCAAGUGUUUGGCGUUCUUUUAGCCAUUUUCAUUUUUAUAGCUUAUCAUCUACAACUUAUGAUCUAGCACAAGUACUCUAUCACUGUCAUUGUUACUGUGAUUUGAGCAUUUGAAAUAAACAAAUUGUGACAGUCAAAGCCCAUACUUUCAUACUAUUUUGGUAGUCAAAUAAAACUCAAGUAAGCCUAGCAUUUGCUAAAAGCAAAGAGAAUUGUGCUACAUCUUAAUAAGAGCCAAUAGACAACAAAAGGAAAGUAGAAGCUUACACAUAUUUUCUAGUAUUUGGUUAUUUGCAGCGAUUUUAGCCUUGUAAAUAACGGUUUAAUGACCCUUUCUCUCAAGUUUGAACCUAUACUGGGUUACUUAAAAGGUUUAAAUAUCAUGAAAUAAGUGUUUAUGACUUACCACUUUUCCACUUUUCCUUUUAACCAGGCAUACAUUGACAUGACAUGUUCAAGAGUUUCCCUUUCUGAGUGACAUGUUAAAAGUAAAGGUAGCCAUGUGAAUAUGGGGCUCUGAGAGUCUUCAUGUAUGUUUUUAGAAGUUUGAAAAUAAACCCUGCCAAACUGACAAACGCAUGGGAUACAGUCCUACUGCCAAAAGGAAAAAUAAAUUGUGAAAUUAAGUAUGAAAAACAUAAUAGGUGCAAUUUUGUUCUGGAGCUCCUUGCUCACAUGUGAGUGUUACCUCAGUGAAAUAACUGCCAUAUUGACCCUCAGCUCAUUCUGUAUUAUGAUCAUUUUUUAAUGUUAUAAGCAAGUCUUUGCUCAGCGCUUUUCAGUGUAUCAACAGUUUGUUGUGGUUGUGACCUCUGCAGUGUAAAGUAACCAUACGUGCAUACAUAGACAUUAUUUUCUGUAGAUAGUGAGAGUAGAAUAGACAUGUCAACCAUGCACUUAUUUUUAUUAGGAAAAACUUUGAGAACAUAUGAGAUAUGUUCACAUUUCAGAGUGGCAUCCAAAAGGAAAGAAGAUCCCAUAGCUGCGCCAUAAGAUGCAAAAAAGUUGUACAGUUUAAAUCAUUUCUGCCUCACUGAUGUGUGUUUUUAUUUUUUUACAGCUACACAUAGAAGUCAGAGUUUAUUUUCUAACAAAACGUUAAAUUUAAGUUGGACGUUGAAGUAAAAGAAAUUAUGAUAUGAACCACCUCACCUCAGAAAAAAUCAACCUAUCAUGAGUCCUCAUACCACUGAUGUAAUGCAUGCUCACCACUUACUGUAGCUGACUGUUGGCUAACAAUGAUUGUGAAUUAUGUACACUUUUAAUUUGUAUACAGUAUUAAGUGUUGUGGGAAAAUUACCUGUGGAGUGAUAAAAUAUCACAGAUGUUUAUUAAGCAGUGCGUUCAGCACGCCGUGUCAAAUGUUUGUCGUUUCAAAGCGCCUCCUUGAGGACCACCAUAAAGACUUGGUACACGACAAACAGACAUGACUGGUUGUCUAUGUGUCAUAUAGCUGUAUAGUAUUACUUUUUUAUUUUUUGCUUGACAUUAACUAGAUCUAUCUCCAUGUGAACUAAACCAGAGUUUUUAAACACUAGAGGCUAAAUAAAAGGAAAGAAAAUCAAUGAAUGCCAGAGAAUAAACUACGACUCUGAUAAAUACUCAAACACACACAUAAAUACAAGGGUACACCUCUGUACUCUGUGCAUCAUACUGUAUUUCUCUGAAAAGACACACUCCUGUAAAGUCUCUGCAGACAUACACACACACUUUGACAGGCCUUUGCAGGUCUUUGCAGAGAGGUACUCCCUUCCUCUGCCUUCCAUAAAUCAUACACAUCUGAAUAAUGAUCUGUUUAUACACCAGCUUGUAAAUGUUGUUCAGCAGUGUCCAUAGCAAAUAAAGGUUGUGUAAUGUCUUGUAAUACUAAUAUAUUAUGUUUAUCACAAAUGAAUAUAUUUAAUGACACAUGAAACAAUGUGGCUUAUGUGGGUUUUAUUUUUUUUUAUCUUUUAUUUUCUACUUUUUUUUGCAUUGAACUGUAGAUGGCUGUAAUGAAAAGUAUUGAUACAUGUUUGGCUAUUGAACAGCCUGAUAGAACUGAAAAUUAAUUCAUCUGAAAUAAAGCUGUUUAAAAAACAAA